CUGAUUGCUUCGCAGAGUUGAGGCAGGUCGGUAAAAGUUUGUUAAGGGUUCUUUUGGUCCCAGAGUCAGAGCUCUUUUUCGAGUGGUGACAGAGGAGUUAGUGAGGCAUUGAACGAAUCCCAGGACUUGAGGGAGCUCCAUAUAUCGAAUGAAAGGGCCAUCAAUACCCAGGAUUUAAGGGGGAGCUCCAUGUAUCUAUGAAAAGCUCCCCACCAAGUGCUAAGGAAUUCUGUGCCGGAUUGGAGGAUGAUCGCGGCUCAGUGAAAAUUUUACUUCUAGCUAACUUGCGCAAGCCACCUCCGAUCCUGUUCUUUUUGGACAGAGUGGACGUUCAGAAGAGAGCAUUGCGGGGACAGGAUUUGUCUAGGGAUGUGGACACGGGAACCCUGAUUUAAUUAUCUGAUCAGGUACAGACACCUAGGCACCGGGUUUGUUGCAAUAUGCAUUGUUCUCCUGGGAACCUCCUGUUGAGAACCCAGGUAUAAAAGUGUGCCAUCCACACAAUAAAGACAGCUCUACUUCAUCCUACACUAAGUCUCGGCUAAUGCUUGGGGUGAAUCCGCUAUAACAGCUAUAAUAACUGAGGGAAAUGGAGUCCUUCUUGGCGACACUCAGGGCCCCUGCAAGUAGGCCGCCACAUUGACGAUAUAUAAAGAUUCUCUUCAUUAGCUAUGCUUUCAGUUUGGCCUUAAAUUUGAAAUUCACUUGGAAUUCUCACGUUAGUAAAAACCCUGUGUGAGUAAAGUGAAUUGCAGGGCAAUGAGAAUUGGAGAGGGAGAUGGAGAGAUAAUGGGAUAGAUUAAAUUGAAGAGGUUUCCAUUGAGUGAGAGAUAUCACUCCUCUUUAUGCCCUAAUGUUUGGAAAUCUCUCUCACUAUAGUGCAUUGGCAGGAAGAAUAAAACAGAAAACAGGAGCGGAUAACAGGUAGAUCCCCAUCUAUUGCAAAACUACAAAUCCCAUGAUGCUUUACCAACCUUACAGCUGAUAAGACAAAAUGUGAGUCCUCGUUCUACAUCGGCCGGUGAUAGAAACUUUGUGAAUCUGUGCCCUAAAAAGAUGAAAAUGUCUCAUACGUGUGUAUCUACCCUGGCAGUUUAUUCACCCAGUUUCAUUGUCACAUUAACUGGGGGAUCCCACAUUUUAGCCGAAAUAUCCGAGUUAUUAAAAUGGCUGGCUUGGUGAACUUUCCUAAACUCACCAAUUUUGAUAUAAAAUGAUAAAGUGCCAAAUCUAGUAAUCCAGUCCCUAAAAAUCCCUGGUUUAGUGAAUAGCUCUCUGUAAGACAGGAUAGAUAGAGCGAGAGACAACGAGAGGCAAUAACAAAACGCAAAGGGAAUGGAAAAACAGAGAGAGAGAAUAACAUGGGGGAGGGAGUUCUAGAGAAUUAGAGGCAGACUGGGAUGUAUUAAAUUGCCCUGCAUUAUUCAUCCCUGCCUGGCUAUUGAUCUCACCUCUCUCCUGACACUUCAAGUGCCAGCCGCAGGGAGCACCGAAGGGCAGAUUUGUGACAAACAGAGGGCAGAGAAAGCCAAAUCUCAGCGAAUCUGAAGAGCAAAUGGGGCAUGUUCAUAUCAAACCAAAAUGCAAACGUUCAUAUCAAACCAAUGAAGAUUCCAGAACGGUGCCGGAGGGCGAAAACAGGGGCCUGGCCGCCUCUCAGUGAAUACACUAAAUCAGACUCCAAAAUAAAGUUGGCAGAUUCACAUGAGCUCCUGUCUUAGAGCAGGGAGAAUUCCCGUAAGGACCCGUGAUAAGGGAUGGCUUAUUCCAGUAAACACCUGUGUUAAAAAAGGUCAUAUUCCAGCCACCAGGUGUGUUAUAGCAGGAGAAAUUCCAGUAAGGCAUCCCAGCUCCAGUAUUAACGCAGGAACGAUUAAUGUCAACACUAGUGUUUAAUAACUGUUAAAUAAAAGCAAUUCCUAGGGUUAGUAUAGAUAUAUUAAAGGACCACUAUAGGCACCCAGACCACUUCAGCUCAAUGAAGUGGUCUGGGUGCCGGGUCCCCCUAGUUUUAACCCUGCAGCUGUGAACAUAGUUUCAGAGAAACUGCUAUGUUUACACUGCAGGGUUAAUCCAGCCUCGAGUGGCUGUCUCCCUGACCAUUUAUUCGCUGUGGAACAGGGCCCUAGUCACCGUUUAGGUAUAGCGUUAGAAAUACAUAUUUGUUUUCCUAACGCUAUAGUGUUCCUUUAAGGGUUAAUACAUGGGACAGAAGCAAAGAUAGCUGCAUCUUAUCUGCAGGAGGGUGAAGCAAAACUGAUACGUUAUGGAAGUGUUUAUUUAUUUAUGGGACAGUUCUUAUAUAGCACUGUUAGCCAGAGAGCAAAUUCUAGCAAUUAAUCAUAGCCUGAGUACAGACAAAGGUGUGUAUAAUUAUAUGUACAGUAUCCUGCCCGUGGGCUUUAAUGGAAGAUUUGUAGCACUUUAAAGGACCACUAAAAGCACGCAGACCAUUUCAUCUCAAUAACAUGUUCUGGGUGCAGUAACCCUGUAGUUUUAUAAUGUAAUUUUGUAGUAAUUGCAAUGUUUACAUUGCAAGUUUAAAGGAUUACUCUAGGCACCCAGACCACUUCAGCUUAAUGAAGUGGUCUGGGAUGCCAGGUCCAGCUAGGGUUAACCCAUUUUUUUAUAAACAUAGCAGUUUCAGAGAAACUGCUAUGUUUAUAAAUGGGUUAAUCCAGCCUCCAAAUCCUCUAGCGGCUGUCUCAUUGACAGCCGCUAGAGGCGCUUGCAUGCUUCUCACUGUGAAAAUCACAGUGAGAGCACGCCAGCGUCCAUAGGAAAGCAUUAUGAAUGCUUUCCUAUGAGACCGGCUAAAUGCGCUCGCAGCUCUUGCCGCGCAUGCGCAUUCAGCCCAGGAGGAGGAUCGGAGGCGGAGAGGAGGAGGAGAGCUCCCUGCCCGGCGCUGGAAUAAAGGUAAGUUUAACCCCUUUCCUCGCCAUCCAGCCUGGCCGGAGGGAGUCCCUGAGGGUGGGGGCACCCUCAGGGCACUAUAGUGCCAGGAAAACGAGUAUGUUUUCCUGGCACUAUAGUGGUCCUUUAACAAAUCUCUAAUGACUUUCCUCUGGACAGCCACUAGAGGUGCUUCUCUGUGAGAACCAAGUCAGACACAGUUCUUAUUCAAAUGCUGCUAAAAGUGCAAAUGGCACAACUUGGCCAUUUGCUGCACAUGUAUACUAGACUCCCGAUGAUUCCCUAUGAUGGCUGAAGUGAAAAAGGCUCUUUUAAUGGAGGAACCGGCAGUCUCCUUCAUAGACAUAAGUGUUGUACCCUCGGGCAUGCGCAACAGUACAGCGGCGCUGGCUCCUGGCAUAUGAAGUGCCUCGCAAACAAGAUGGCGGCACCCUCGAGGGACAUAUUCAAAAUAUAAAGAGACACCAUAAGGCACGGUUUGCCAGACAACUAACCUGUUAGUAGGAGACUAUACAUUUGUAAUUAAAGAAGGCCCAUGAGCUUACAAUCAAAAUCAUGGGUAGAAGCAUUACAGAUACAUGUUAUUAGGAUGGGGACUACAUGUUAUCUCCAGAAGUUAGAAGCUGGAUGUCUUGCGAAGGAACUGAAUUCCAGCCUGCCAAAGGUGUGAAAACAGAACGAAUUCCAGCAAGCCCCUGAGGGUGAUGUGGACACAUUCCUUCCUGUCCCGAGGACACAGUUGAAGAGAUAUUAACAAGCCCGAACCUGUCAAAUAUCCAAAACUUCCAAUGACUUUCCAUUUUCCUGUCCCUAUCCUUCUGACAUCCGGUGUGCCUGUGCCCUGACCCUAAAUGGGCAUUCCAGCAGGAAAAUCUCCUUUCCAGUUCAUAACCUUUUAUUAGUUUGCCCUUUGAGAGUCAGUGAAUCAUGUUUCAACCAGUGCAUACCUACGUUGCAAAACAUUAUAUACAAUGUAUGCCCUUAUAUUGUCAGACAGGUUGAGCUCUAUCUACCUGUCUUCAAAUUUUAUUGACAGUUCUCGUAUUACCCCAAAUGGCUUGUGCGAUAACUUGCUGCUAGCUAAGACCCAUAAUGGGCAUGAUGUCAGCAAGGGUUGGGCUAUUGUGACCGGUCAUUUCCUCUCAGUGACAUCAUCGAGAAGCUACUGCAGGCUCCAACGACAUGCAUAGUUUAUAAGCAGGUGACCCUGUCAGUCCGCAUUAAAGGGUUACUUCAAGCACCAUAACUAAUUCAGUGAUUUGAAGUGGGCAUGGUGCCUGGAGUCGUCUGUGUGUGCAGCAUUUUUCUAUGAAAGAUUAACCCCUUUUCUGUUGGAUCCAGGUACAAGAGUUCUGGCUAAUAUGAAUUCUGUGCAAAAUUGGAAUCUGAUGCCAACAUGCAGAGGAUACUGGCGUCAUACAGCCAAAGGCAGCAUGGCACCCCUCUGUGUCACCUAAGUUAUCCCCCCGGCCUGUCCUCCACAACCUCCCUCCACCUCUAGCAAGGGGGUGGGGGUGACAUCACUAGAGGAAGACUGUGCUGAGGAAGAACUUGGUCCUGCCACUGGAAUUGGGGUAAAUUUUAUUCUAUUUUUUUUUUAUAAAUGUUGAUAUUUGGGGAGGUAGACCAGGCUAGGAUGAGUUAUUCCCACCACAACCAGGGCUUUCUUAACAUAUUGUUUUUUUGUUGUUGCAGGAACCCUGUGAGCAGGGCCGGAUAAAAAUAGGGGCUAAAGGAAUUGAAGCUGCAGGCUCAUGCCAAUUAAGCAGGCCCAUUGAUUUAAAAAAACACACACUAUAGAUAUAUACAUGUACAUAUAUAUAUUUAAUUUUUUUUACAUUUUAACUACUCUUUACUUGCUUUUGUCAGAGGAAAUGAAGCAUUGGAAUGUAGGAGGGAUGUAGGAGGAAAAACCUUGUGCGGACUGGUUGACUAUAAAUUAGUUAUGGUAACAUUGACAGUGCACUGUCCCCUUUUACUAUACUCACUACAUCCACCUUUAUUCUGUCCCAGACUGCAUACCAGGAACUUCUACCGGCUAGUAAGAAGGAGAGGACAAGUGAGUGCUGGUGGAUACCAGUGAACUGCCCCAAAGAGCAUAGAGCGAGUGCAUCAUUAGAUGAAUUCUCUCUAAGCUCAUGACAGGUGCAUUGUCGCCAUAUGGGCAGGAGGAGCUGUCUACUACCUAUACCAACCCACCCCAAUAAAAAAUACUGACACUCUUAGGUAUGGGUCAAUAUGUCCACAGCUUUUAUUUAUUAUAUUCAUAAUAAUAAUAAUAACAAUAACAUAUAAAUAACUUUUUUAUUUAUACAUAACCUAGUAUAACAAUACGUAAAUAUAACAUGAACAAGAUCCAAAAUUUUCCACACGAUCCUGGCAGGGGUAUACCUGGAUACCCCUACACCACCCGGGUUCUGAGCAACCAACGAGCUCGAAACCCACCAACAUUUUACCAACAGGUAACCAACCAUAUUAAUCAACCUUUUUUAUCCCAGCCCGCCGCUGUGACCAAGCGGGCAAGACUUAACCCAACGCUUAAAGGGAGGGACCAACUAAGUCAAAUUAGUAAUGGGGAUUUCUAAAAUGGCCGACAUUUAUAUCAGCCCAGCCCCUUAACCCUAACCCACCAAACACCAUCAGGCUCCCCCUAAUCCCGCCUCCAAGCCCUGUCAAGGCCCCCUCUGCUAAGCUGUGCUUUCUUCUUGAGGCUACAGGGUGCUGGAACAGUGCUAUCUGCAUAAUAUGCCAUUAGUUCCAAUUUUAGCAUAGGGUAUGUGUAUUCUUAUAAAUGCAUCCUGUGAGUUCCCUCCAUCACCACUGCCACCAGAUAGAUGACACUUGGAAGGUGUGACUGUUUCAGUGUUUUCUGUCGAUAAUAUUCUGUAAUCAGGCCAAUUGUAAUUGUAAUCGUAAACGUCCGUACUGGGCCCAACGUUCUCUUAAUCCGGCCUUGCCUUUAAGGAUAGAUUACCUACGAUUUCCUCAAGGCCCCAAGGCCAUUUCAGUCUGCCCGUGUGCUUUCCAAUAUGUGAUAAUGAAAAAAACAUCUGGAAUUUUAGAAUAAUCAAGUUUGAAUACUUUGUUUAUUAAUUACUGCAGGUAGAUUUGUAAGACCGACUAUGUGUUCUGCACAUACCACUUCUUCAUGCUGAUGGCUGGUACAAAGUAUAUAGAUCUGAUAGACUUUAUGAAGGAAAUAAUUGCAUUAAUUAAUAAAGACAAGACAGUACCUCUUAAUUAAUUGAAUUUCCUCCUACAGGGAUAAAUGUUACAUAGCACAGGCCAGCGAUUUAUGUAUGCUGUUUAUUAGCGUGAAUAUGUUAUAAACACGUUCGAUUUUAGCAGGUUUCAGAUCCAUGCUAACACGCUGAUUAAUCUGAAUUAGUGAGUUAAUUUAACACAAAUAUUACAAGAAUCCAGCUCAGGGUGUUAGUAAAUUCAUACUCGCUGACAUGGAGGUGACCGUGUCACAUUGAGUGACAGAUUGCCAUCCAGCCCAAUAAAAUAUGUAAUAUACUCAAUAAAGGAUGAAUUAAUGAGCUGAUUAGUGUAUUACAUGGCACACCUCGUAACUAAAUGCCUAAAUGACAAAAGUGUCACACACAAACUCUCUGAGAGCUUUCGACAUGAGCAAUUCCUUGUGGAUCAAUGACUUCUUCGACCCCUUUGGCAAUUAAAGGGUUUCCUCUAAUUACAAGUUGUUUGUUUGUUUUCUAAAUAAGAUGUAUAAACCGCAAUUAUCUAAAGCAACAUGCCAGUGUUUUUAUAUUGCAUCGUAUAAUAUUAUCACAUAAUUUGUCUCACUGACUCCUAAAAUGACAGAGCUAUUCAUUACAAAGGAAGCUGCACAUGUAUAGAGGAAUACAUAAUGUAAUACAAAAUGUCAGAGUUGGAAAAAAAAAAUUGGCUUGAAUUUUUUUAGCAAUUUCUCAAACUUCCCAGUUUGUUGAAUAAUCCUAUCCUGUAUAAGACACAGAUACACAUCCCUCUCACCUCCUCCUAAUACACAGACACUUCCUAGACUUUCAUUUCAUGUAGGUCCCAGCAUGAUUUUAAGUAACCCUGUGCCCAUUAUAGGUGCAGUGUGUGUAUUAUUGUAAUGUAAUUUGUUAAUGGUCUUGUGUGCUUUCUUGUCCUGCGUGUGUUCUGUACCAACUAGGUCGAUUUGGCUGUGAAGCCUGUGCAGUGCCAUCUGUUGGUUGCAACAAUUAUGUGCAUUUCCUGAAGGGUAAGGUUAGUUAAUUUACAUAUUUAGCUAGAUAUGCAUAUUAUGGUUUAUGCAGACAGUGGACUUAUUGCUUACACUCUUUGUAUUCCCCACCCCUUUAUAAAUAUUGUUUUGUAUUAUUAUUGUUGCCUGUACAAUUCCCUAUAUACCUAUAGACUGUAAGCUCGUUUGAGCAGGGUCCUCUUCAACCUAUCGUUUCUGUAAGUUUUCUUGUAAUUGUCCUAUUUAUAGUCAAAUCCCCCCCUCUCAUAAUAUUGAAUACGGAAUGUUGGCGCUACAUAAAUGGCAAUAAUGAUAUAACAAUUAGACGAACCAGCAGAUAGAACUUAGACAGAUGGAUCUGUCACACGGCUCCCUCCUUGUGGGACACUCCGGAAGACCCGGCUUGACCCUUUGGCGGGUCAGCUUGGGGAUGACCGGACUAGGAGGUGGUGGGGAUGUCAGUUUGCCGGGACAAUCCAUUCCCGUUCUGCUUACCGGGUCGGUAGCUGAUGGUGAAAUUAUAAGGUUGGAGGGCUAAACUCCACCGCAGUAGUCGACCAUUGUCUCCUGAGACCCAGUUAAGCCAAACAAGGGUAUUGUGGUCCGUUAUAAGGGAAAAUUCCUGCCCGUAUAAAUAGGGGCUCAAUUUCUUCAGUGCCCAGACCAGGGCUAAACAUUCCUUCUCCACUGCCGCAUAGCAGACUUCCCGAGGUAGUAACUUUCUGCUGAGAUAUGCGACAGGGUGUUCUCCUCCGUCUUCCCCGACCUGGCUUAGCACAGCCCCCAGUCCAUACAUGGAAGCAUCUGUGUGGACGAGAAAGCGUUUGUUAGGGACUGGGGCAGCCAGGACAGGGGCAUUCACAAGAGCCUGCUUCAGGGCCUGAAACGCGGCUUCACAAGCUGGAGACCACAGGACCUGCUUAGGUAAAUUCUUCUUAGUCAGGUCAGUCAGGGCCUUGGCGAUAGUGCUCUAGUCAGGGACAAAACGUUGGUAGUACCCUGCUGUCCCCAAGAAGGCUAACACCUGGGUCUUAGUGAUAGGUGUGGGCCAGUUAGCCAUGGCCUCUACCUUGGCUGGCUCAGGUCUCUGGCUCCCACACCCCACUCUGUGACCCAGGUACUGCACUUCAGCCACACCUAGAUGACACUUAUCUGGUUUCAAGGUCAGGCCAGCGGCCUGAAUCUUGUCCAGAACCACCCUUACAUGGACCAGGUGUUCCUCCCAGGACUCACUGUAGACGCAAUGUCGUCCAGGUAUGCACAAGCAAAUUCCUGGAAGCCAUCGAGGAGUCUAUCCACCAUACGUUGAAAGGUAGCCGGAGCAUUCUUCAUCCCGAAUGGCAUGACUUUAAACUGGUACAGGCCAAAUGGGGUGACGAAGGCCGACUUGGGGAUAGCAUCCUCGGCCACGGGGAUCUGCCAAUAGCCCUUACACAGGUCUAUGGUGGUCAGAUAGCGUCCCCUGGCAAUACGGUCUAAUAAUUUGUCUACCCGGGGCAUUGGGUAGGAGUCAGUGGUGGUCCUCUCGUUGAGCCGCCGGGUGGUCCCGUCUUUCUUAGGCACCAGGACUACAGACGAGGCCAAAGGACUGUCAGAGUGUUCGAUGACUCCAAUCCGAGUCAUCUCCUGUAUCUCCUUCCGCAUCCCUUCCCGGACUGGUUCAGGGAUACGGUAGGGGGGCUGUUGCAGGGGGUUCUGUCCAGGGGUACAGCUAGGGUAGUGUAGCCGGGCUCUUGGGAGAACGUUGCCUGCUUCUCCCACAGAAGCUGUCUUGCCUGUACCUUCUCUGUGGGGCUUAACCGAUCCCCUAGCUGUACAAGACUAGUGAGGUCAGUCUGGGGGUCCUUCUCUAAUAAAUCGGGCAGGGGUAGAUUCUCUGGGUCGUCUGCAGCAGGGGCACACACUGCAGCGACAUCCUCUGGUCUCUCCUGAUACUCCUUCAGCAUGUCCAAAUGAAAGGAUCGCUGAAUCCUCUCAUCCACACAGCUGGCUAUAAGGUAGGUAGUAUCAAACACCUGCUACGACCUUAUACAGGCCCUGCCAAGAUGCUUGCAUCUUGUUCGUCUUCACAGGCUUGAGCACCAAAACUUUCUGCCCAACCCGGAAGACCUGCUGCCGGGCACCCCGAUCGUACCACCUCUUCUGUCUCCCCUGGGCCACCUGGAGAUUCUCCCUUACCAUCAGGGACAGUACCUCCAUGCGGUCCCGGAGUUCCAGAACAUAUGGUACUAUGGGGGUUCCCUCCUGCUCUCCCUCUCCCUCCCAGUGUCCUCUAAUGAGAUCCAGGGGUCCGUGGACCCUACUCCCAUAGAGUAACUCAAAGGGAGAGAACCCAGUAGAUUCCUGGGGCACCUCUCUGUAGGCAAAUAGCAGAAGAGAAAAAACAGAAAAGAAGGCUGCGCCACAGAAAAUAAAUAAAACAAAAGAAGAUAAAAAUCGAUGGAAAAAUAAAAAAUAAAAAAAUUAAAUAUUCUGUACAAAAGUCCCAAUUAGCAUAAAAGAAUAAAAUAAAUAAAAUAUACUCACAAAUAGAGUGCAGGACUUACUGCACUCUGUUGGUCGCGUGGGUGACUAUUCCAAUUUGAUAAAGCCUGCUGGCGAAACGCGUUAUUGGUUUUAAUAUAUUGUAUUAAUAAAUAAUUUUACAUAUAUUACCUUUUUACACUAUUUUAUUCUAUUUACUGUUCCUGGCAUAUCCUAAGGUGGGGAUUAUACCACCCACGCGACCAACAGAGUGCAGUAAGUCCUGCACUCUAUUUGUGAGUAUAUUUUAUUUAUUUUAUUCUUUUAUGCUAAUUAUUUCUCCGGAGAGCACUAUCGGCUGUUUUUAUUUCUUUUUAUGAGAAUUGGAUACCAGCACCCCCCAGGAGGACAAGUACCCCUAUAAGCGGAGGGCAAUCCGCUGUGUGCCUAUCAUACUAGAGCUGGUCCUAGCUCAUGGACAUGUGAGUGUGCAAUUUAUAUUUUAACCUCACUAUUAUUCUUCUGUACAUUCUGCACGAUUAGUCCUUUCCCAUUGUGUUUUUCAUAUCGUGAGACGGACAACUGUUAACAAAGAAGACACUACAUCAGUUAAGACACCACCUACUAUUGGGACUUUUGUACAGAAUAUUUAAUUUUUUUAUUUUUUAUUUUUCCAUCGAUUUUUAUCUUCUUUUGUUUUAUUUAUUUUCUGUGGCGCAGCCUUCUUUUCUGUUUUUUCUGUAUAUUCGUUCUAUAGAGGGUUAGAGGGUGACCCCCUAUUAGGUUGCUGCCUUUUAUUUUAUUUUGUUUUUAUUUUUAUUUGUUUUUAUUAUUAGCGCUAGCCGUUCCAACUUUUUCUGUAAAUAGCAGAAGAUGCAGGAAUCGCUCCCAGUCUCUGCAAGUGUCAGUAAAGGUCCUCAACAUCUGCUUGAGGGUGCCAUUAAAGAGCUCGCAGAGACCGUUGGUCUGUGGGUGAUAAGGUGAACUAAGCAGCGGUUUAAUGCUGCACACCUUCCACAGCUGCUGGGUGAGCACAGCGGUAAACUGAGUUCCCUGGUCGGAGAGGAUCUCCUUAGGGAACUCUACCCUAGUAUAAAUGUUAACCAGGGCAUCAGCUACUGUCUCUGCCUCUAUAUUGGACAGCGCUACUGCCUCUGAAUAACGCGUGGCAUAGUCCACCACGGUGAGAAUAUACUUCUUACCCGAUGGACUAGCCCUGGCCAGUGGACCCACAAUGUCAACAGCUAUGCGGGUAAAAGGGUUCCCCAAUUAUAGGCAUCGAUAUAAGCCUAGCUUUUGGGUGAUCCCCCCGCUUACCUACCCGUUGACAUGUGUCACAAGUACUGCAAUAUACCCGCACAUCUCGGUUAAAAUUGGGCCAGAAGAAGUUUUGGGUGAUCCUAUGAGCUGUGCGGCGGGACCCUAGAUGUCCGGCUAACGGUACAUCAUGCCCAAUCCGCAGAAUCUCUUGCCGGUAUUUGGCCGGUACCACCAGCUGCCGAUUCUGCGGAGGGGUAUUCUUUUUCUGGGAAGGUUUAGGAAUCCGAUACAGCCUAUCCCCCACCCACUCGUAAUGCUCCCCAUCUACUCCCUCUUCUCCCGCAUCUGCCCUAGCCCUAUACUUCUCAAGGGUCGGAUCCUCCUGGGUUUCCCUCCCGUACAUCUCUGGGGUAUCCCAGCCUAAGGGGGCCUGAUCUAGGGUACAAGUCAGGGUAGAGAGUCUUACCUGGGUCUCAGCAGCAGGUGGACUGGUCUCGACGGCACGGGUUUGGGCACGGAUCAUCACAGCGUUGACUUCAGCGGGACCCAUCGGGGCGUAUGCCGAAACAAGGGGAGCCAAAUCAUUUCCCAGGAGGACGUUAGCUGGCAAAUCCCUCAUGAUCCCCACAUUCACGUGCCUAGCGCCCACUCCCAAUCCAAAUGUACCCGGGCAACGGGGCAGGCGGAACACAGCGCCCCCGGCUACUCUCACAGCCACAGUGUCUCCAGUGUGCUGGUUUUCAGACACCAAGUGCUUUUGGAGCAAGGUCAUGGUGGCACCGGUGUCGCGCAGACCAUUGACCUCCUUCCCGUUCACUUUAACUAGUUGCCGGUGCUGCUGUCUAUUGUCCCGGUGGGCGGCUUGGACGGGGUCUGCCUCGUGCAGGAUGCCCCAACAUUCCUCCUCCUCUACGCAGUGGGCAGCAGGCUGAGGGUUGCGUUGGUUCCCGCUGGUGGGUCUCCUCCAGGACUGGGCUUGGUUAGCUGUAUUCAGCAGACACUCCGGCCUUUUGUGUCCUAGCUGCUUGCAUCCGAAACACCGGAUGGGCUGGGAGUAGUCCCGUGAGUUGAACCGGGGUGGUUGAGGAUAGUUAGUAACUGGAGGGGGUGCUGGCGUGCGGUACGUCGGGUUUUGGUAGCCGGCAGCGGCUGGGGGUGCUGCUGGUCGGUACUCCACUCUGGCAGGAGUCUUAGUGGUAGCAUUGUCCAGUUUGCGGGCAUCCAUAUACUCGUCUGCCAGGCGGGCUGCUUCAUGCAGGGUGGAGGGUUUAUGGUCUCAGAUCCACUCCCUGACUCCUGGAAAUAACUUUUCAAAGCAGGAACAUCUGUAGCACCUCUUCCCCGGAUAUGGCUUGGCACCCUGCCAUCCAGUGGGCUGCUGUGCGGUGUACCCUGCAUGCCCAUUCAACGUAGGAAUCCCCGGCUAGUUUGGCAGUGUCUCUAAACCACCUCCUGUAUGCCUCCGGUGUAACGGCAUACCUGGAGAGCAGAGCUUCUUUUACGGCCCCAUAAUCCCCGAUCUCCUCGUCAGGAAUGGCCCGAAAAGCCUCACUGGCCCGGGCCGGAUAACUUUCUGGACAAUAUAGUGACCCAGUCUUCGGUGGGUACCUUGUGUAGGGCACAUUGCCUCUCAAAAUCAGCAAGGUACCCAUCAAUCUCUCCUUCUGUCUCAAUGAAGGGUUUAAACGCGGCAAACUGCACCUUUCUGUUUUCCACCGGGGUUGCUGGGACUUGAGCUGCUGCAGCGCCGGUUUGGCGGAGUAGGUUGGCCUCCACAGCUGCUAUGACCCGGUCGAUGAUCUCUGUAGUCGGGUUGGGACCAUAAUGGGCCAGCCUGAUUCUAACCGCCUGGUCAAAGCUUGCCUCUUCGGGGGUUCUCUCGGCUGUGCUGGGACGAUUGGUUCCUUCUGCCCCAGGUACUCCAUCCAUUUCGUUCAGGAUGGCAAUAAUCUCCCUCUUCCUGAGGUUACUGGCUUGUCGGCCUCUUUGUUCCAGCAGGUCUUUAAGGAUAGCUCUUUUCAGACUUUCAUACAGUAUUUCCAUUAAUCCUGUAUGUGUGGUUGUCUCUCUGGGUGAUGAGGAUCAUCCCGUCGCUUGCCACCAGUUGUUAAGACACUCCCAGCUUAAAUGAGUAAAACCGCAGUUUAGGUGAUCUUCCCCCUUUAGAGACACAGGCUCUGUUGCUGUAGACCGCCAAACUCCCGAACGGAGUAUAAGGGAAUACUUCAAACUCCCGAACAAAGAAUCAGCCGAACUCUUUCUCUCCUAGAAUAGGCGAAAUAGUACUUCCAAGUAGUAAUCCCCCCAAGCUCCGUCUUGAGGGUAAAACAGGAAUCUGCUUUAAUGAGGGCUACCUGCCUGGUAUUUAUGCAGGUCUCCCAUCUGGUGGACACUCCCCUAGGGGACUAGUUGGGAGACUGGGACACAUAAUGUACAGUAGCCAAUCACAGUGGCUCGGCUUUAAACACUCCCCUUUGCACAAGUAAAUCCCUCCUCUCUAUCCUGGAAAUAAUUGGGAAGAAAUCCAAUUAUUUCCAGGGAUAGAGGCAAACUGCCAUUUUACAUAGUAUAAUAAUAACACAUAAAAAUCCAUAACUGUAAAACUACCAAAUGCUUUUAGUACGUGUAACGUAUCCCCUGACAGCCUGGGUCUGAGCGCACAUUACUACUGAAUAGCGCUCAGACCCAAUGCACACAGUUCAAUCGCCAUGAAGUCUUUCACAUUGUUCUUUCGGUAUACAAUUGACUCCAUGGGACGACUAUCUGGGUUAAGUCCAUUUGUGUAAUAAAAGUCCCAAACGGACCGGCGUUCGCAUGCCCGUGGAUAAGAAGGGCGGUCGGCAGUUUCAGCGGUGUUCGGUAGAAAAAGUGUCCGUUUUUAGUUCCAUAGUUUGAGUGCCGAACACCGCUGUGCAUUUGCGUGUUUAAAAUGGCUGCCGCCUCAUGGUCGACAUGCGAACGACGACCACCCUGCAUACGGUUCUAAUCAAGAGGUGUCUGUGGUUAACCACAAUGUUCUAAUUGAGGCCAAUAGGUUAACCAGCAGCACAAUUCUCCUCUGGGUGGCCAUCCGUUCGGUAAUUUUAUUCGGUAUAAUCUGAAAUAGAUGAACAGGGACGUACGGGCAGGUAAUUCCACGAAAGUAUAUCAAUUAGACGAACCAGCAGAUAGAACUUAGACAGAUGGAUCUGUCACACACUCAGACACAUUGCUGGGAGUAUUAUUGCUGUGGAGCUCUGUUAUACACUCAGACACAUUGCUGGGAGUAUUAUUGCUUUUUGUCGCUCUGUUAUACACUCAGACACACCAACAAUAUGGAGCUUCUAGAAAAGAGUGACAGAGGGAUUUGUUGCCAAAAUAUGGACUGUCCCUCCUAAAUAGGGACACUUGGGAGGCUUACACUACACAAAAAUACAAACAUAUAAUAUAUUUACACACCAGACAGUAUAUUGCCAUUUGGGACCCAGGGCCUUUUUGUGCCUAGUCUGCUAUCAGUCUGUCCCUCACACAGGUAGCACUUGAAGCAUUCGCUCACUACUUCAGUGAAUGAGCAUGAGUGCAAGUGUUGAUUACUACAAGAAUUUUAUUCAAUAAAAAAACAAAUAAAUAAAUAAACAGGUUAAACAUAAUGAAAGAUGUGACUUAAAUAAAAAUCCCAGCAGUAUAAUCUGUUGGUGCCCUUUGUCACCAGUAACAAUAUUAUUUGUGGAGUGCCUAUCUUCAUCUUUCACUAGACUAGUUCCUGCGUGACAUUAUAGGGACUGGUUCGUGAAGAAAUCUUACACAGCGGGACACCGAGAAGCCAUCUUUUUAUGAUAAAAGUAAAAUUAAUUCAGUUGCAUUUUUCAAUUAAAUAUUCCAAAUAUAUUUAUUAGUUAAUACAUUCUACGGAAGGACUUUAAAGUGUUACUGCCACCUGGAAAUGUAUUUCUUUUUUUUAUAAUUCUUUAUUUUAUUUGUGCAAGGUGAUAACACAUCAGGCUUACAAUGCCACAACAGCCAGAGUAAGCAGUUAUGCAGACAUAGUGUUACAGUAGUUAGGCAUUAGAAGAUACUGCACAGUUUUAUAUAUAUUAUUGUCGUGUGUCUGGUGGUUUCACCAGUUCCGCUUGUCAGUAAAUGUGUGGUAUAAGGUUAAGUCGAACCAUUUAGAUUAAGUAGUUAUGUUAAGGCUUAUGCGGAACAUGCAUUAUAAAGUAUGUGUAACAUAGCUUAGUCAAAUAGCUUUACGUAAGAGUAUUAAUCAUGCUUAUACAGUAUAUGAAUAUGGUUAAAUUCCCAUUGGAGCUGCAAUCACAGUCUUUGAGACCUGUAUGGCUUGUGACGAGGGAUGUAAUAGAACCAAAUUAAAAGUAAAAGAGAAAUAGACAUGGCAGGACUAGUGUACACCCGGUUAGCGUUUUCAACACAAGAUAUCACAGUGUCUCAGGCCUCGUGGCUCUCUCGUCGUGGACAGCCUGCUCUGUUCUAUCAUUCCAUGUUUCAUCCAAUUCCCCUCGCUGGGUGACCUACGAGGCAGGCAGAGAUUAUACUGGUGGGAGCGCUGGGGCGGCUUUGUGAGAGGGUGUCCACCCAGAGCUGGGCCCGUGUGGCGUCCAGUGCCUUCAUUUUGCGCGCCCAAUGGCUCGGAGCACCUGUAUCUUUCUCAUAUGGGUUACAGCGAUGGGUCUCCCACCGAAUAGCAGUGGGCGGGCGCUGGUGUGGCAGUGUGGGGCCCUGGUUGUUGUUGGGCUCUGGUGAGUAUAAGGGUAGAGGAGCAGGUGCUUGCUUACCCUCGGUGUCCGGAGGGGGCGCGCUCACUCCACAUGGCUCGGCUAGUUGAUCUGCAGUCCCCUGUUGAGAAACUGAAGCUGCUGCUCGUGCCUCCAAUUUAGCCCAGAAGUUGGUGAAUAUUGCCUCCAAUCUUGCCAGGGAGCGCUCUACAGAAAAGCUGAGGCUAUUACUGGUCGGUAGUGGAGUUGGCUUUGCUGGAGGAUGAGUGUCCGCCAUUUUGAGGGUUCCCGCCAUGUGCAGGUGAGUGUCCCUUUCUGACCACAGGUUUUGUCUGGAGCAGUCCAGGGGGGGACCGGGAUAACCCCCGCCGGUCCAAUGGGGGGAGGGGAGGUAUGGACUGAAGCAGUUCCGUUCAGCAAUCAGGAGAGCGGGGAAAUCGGCCGCCUUUCCCCCCACCCGGUCACUUGCAGGCCGCAACUUGUCUCCGCGGGCUCACUGCGUCUCAGAGGCUCGUGAGUGGGGUCAGUGUGAUCAGCAACUUGUCCCCAAGUAGGCUUAUGGGUAUAGAAACCCGGAUUCAGGCUGGAAAUGGGGGUAUUACCCCGAAAAUUGUCGUUUUGUGCAGGAGCUCGCUCAGCAUGCGGCUGCUCAGCUCCGUGUUCAAGCUCCGCCCCCUUUUUUAAAUUUUUUUAUUUUUUUAUUCUUUAUUUUGUUUGUGCGUUAUUUGGUUUCAUGUAUUAUAUUGACAGAUACAGGAGUUUAGAAUAUGCAUUACACGGUAGUUAGUCAAUUUGUACAGCACACAUUUUUCUUUUUACAACAGGUUGCAUAACGGUUGCUUGCAUUAGUGCUUACAUAUGUAACUGGGUAUAUAAACCGUCCUGUAGUAGUGUUAGCCCCUCUUUCUGCUCUGUAUGGUUUGGGUCACAUGUUUGUACUCUUGAUGAGGUUUUGGAUCACUAUGUGUAAGUGCACUAGUUUGUGGCGUUCAUGAGAAGUCAAGGGUGGUCUACCCGUGGUGCUAUUUUAGCUGUGGUCACUCUUUGUGAGCCGGUCGUCUGUGAUGUAGCGUCGUUGUGGGGUCACGGCUUUUACCACGGUAGUGGGGGGCCCCUAACCUAGGGGGGCUGCGGGGGGUAGGGGGAGAGGGUGCAGAGAGCUUGUCCGGAGCCUCCCAGCAUUAGUGUGGUGUCAUGUGAUAGUCACUAAGCAUGUGGGUAUCUCUUAGUGUAUGUGGGUGAAUGAUUGGCACGGAAUGUGUGGGUCAAUAACAGAGGUAAUAACUAGUAUAACUAAACAAUUAUAUGAAACGAGCAACAGUCAGUAUGCGAGUUUAAGAAAGUCUACUUGAGCCAGAAUGGCCAGGCUUGCUUGCAGACCGUGUCAGGUUUCCGAGUCUGUGCUCGGGGGAUGAAUGGUCUCGUGGUGGCUGGAUCUCCCAUCCGGGCUGGUCCUGUUUGGGCUGUUAUCUGGAGAGCGUCCGAUGGUCCCAAAAGUGUGAGGACUGAGAGUAUGUCUGCCUCCGAUGUGGCUCUGUGGAUAGUCCCGUUGUGCGGAAUCAGCAGGGUCCGCGGCGUGCCCCAUCUGUACUGUAUGCCUGCGGUUCUCAGGCGGCUUGUUAAGUGUUUUAUUGAUCUCCGCCAGAGUAGUGUCGCUCGGGUGAGGUCUUGGAAAAAAAGUAGGUUGGCGUUUUCGAAUGGCAGGGGAGUCUUGCCUCUGAUUGCCGCCAGUAUUGCUGCUUUAUCUUGUGUUGUGGCACACUUUAAUAUAACGUCCUUAGCCUCCGCGGCUGGUGUGGUGUUCCCAGUUUGCAGCCGAAAUAUGCCUUCUAGGGCGAGUUUUCUGGCAGUAGUUGGCGGUAGUAUGGAGGCAAGAAGCCUCCUCACAAAGUGGGGCAACUCCUCUGUGGUGAUUUCUUUUGGGACUCCUCUGAGCUUAAUGUGGUUGCGACGCAGGCGGUCCUCCUGGGUGGCCACCUGCGUCGCCAGUGCCUGGUGGGCUGUCUGCAGGGACUGCAGGGCUGCGGUGAGAUUUGUUGUCCCACUGGUUAGUGAUUGUAUGUCCCCUUCUAUGGCACUCACCCUCUCCGCAGUUUUACGUACGUCCGUCUUGAGAGUGCCAAUAUCCGCGGCUAGCAGGGUUUGAAUUUCCUGCAUCCAUGUUUGCAGGUCUUGUUUUGUAGCAAAGGUAUUCUCGCUCAGCUCUGUGCCAGCCAGGGGUGAAUUGGGUCGCUUGUCCUCAGGCCCUAGCUCCAGUGCGUGUGCCCGCUCCGAUAGUGGUGGUGGGGGGCCUACUGUGGAGGAUCUCGUGGCGGUCAUUUUGGAAGGUGCUUGUCGUUGCAGCAUUUCCCCGAUGUUCGGCUGGUCUGCUGCCGAUGCCGGGUACUGCUUUUGCGUGCGACGCCCCAUGGUUGCAGUGGGGCUGCUGUGUGUUGCGGUAGCCGUCCCCUCCGAGUCUGGGCGGUAUUCCGUCCCGAUGUUGUCCAGGAGAGUCUCCAGGCCGUAGCUCGUGGGAGUGAGGUAGGCCCGGUGUUUUUGUUUCACCUUUCUGGGCUUCGUUUGGUGAAAGAAGGGCAUUAGUCGACUCCUCUCAGUUACCCCGUGUUCGGGGUGGGGUUGAUGUCUGCGGAUGGGUUAAGAUGCCCGUGAUUUUCUCAAGUUUAUCGUUGCGAGGUCGGGAGCUGAUGAAGAUGGCGUCCGUUCAGCUCUGCUCCCAAGCCCCGCCCCGUGGAAAUGUAUUUCUAUGAAUCAGUUUAAAACAAUAAUGGAAACAGAUUUAUAUGAUUGUUGUCUAACCAAGCUAUAGCAAGUUUAGCUGAAAUUGGCACGUAAAAUCUGCCAGUGUUUGCGUGUGGAGGCAGCCAUCUUGGAAUUGUAUCUUACUUACUAUUGAAAAACAUGGCUGCAGAGAUCAUGUGAUAUCAGCAGCCAAUCGGAGUCUGCUAUUUGUAGAGUCGCUCCCAGCUUUUCAAUGUACAGGAAAUAGGAUAUGGUUCAUUGACUUCCCUGUUGAUGCUCUGAUCUUAAGUAAUUUUUUGUUUUGUUUUACUAUAUACAGAUUUUAAAAAAGAUAAACACAAAGUACAGACAUUGUAACAUGAUAAAUAACAAUAUAUAUAUAUACACAUGUAAAGGUGCGCUUUACCCGGGUAACUCUGUGUCAGUCUACGCCAUAGUGGUGUGGGUUCCAGUGUUGAAGCGAAUCUACUGGUCUUGAGUUAUUCAAUGUCUACCAGGGUAGUGUAGUGUCUCCAUUUAGCCAUGGGUCCCAGGUCUUGUGGUAUUGUUUGGAUGGUUCAUGUAUCUGACCUGUGAGGCUAUCCAUAUUAGCACAGUCUUGUAUCUUUUGGACUAUGGUGGUGUGUGAGGGUAUGUGCAGUGUGGACCAUCGUUCCGCUAUUGCCCUACGUGUUGCCAAUGCUAUGCGUGUGAUUAACUUGUUCUCCGCUCUAGUGAAGGAGUCCAGGGGUUUGGAUAGCAAUAGCAGCCCUGGAUCCAAGGGACUCGGUUUGUCAAACAGUCUGGUGAUUGGUGCCGUGAUACUUCGCCAUAAGGGCUAUAGUUUGGGGCAUGUCCACCAACAAUGGAGGAAGGUCCCCACCUCUCCACACCCCUUCCAGCAUUGAUUGGUUGGUGCUAUGUGCAUUGUGGCUAGGCACUGGGGCAUUAAAUACCAGCGAAAUAACAUUUUGUAAGCCUGUUCCUUAUGCGACACGCAGAUGGAUAUAGAGGCUGUGGCCUUCCAAAUAUCUGACAAGUCGGAGGGAUCCUGGGGAAGACCUAGGUCUUUUUCCCAUACUGUUAUGUAGGAAAGCGUUAUUUGUGUUGGGUGAGUCGCUAAGGUGGAGUAUAGGUCCGAAAUUUGUCCUCGUCUAGAGGGUUGCUUCAUGCAGUCCAGUUCGAACUGUGUUAAGGGGGCCGUGUCUGCCUGCUUGAUAAUUGGUGAGGAUAAAGUCUGAAGCAUUUCUGAGCAAGUCGACACAUAGAAUUUAAAGUUGAGUUGUGAUGCAGGGGUUAAAGCUACAUGUGCAGAUAAGAUAUAUAUAUAUAUAUAUAUAUAUACACACACACACACACACACACACACUAUUUCCAAUUACAUGCAUUUUUUGUUGAUGCUGGCUGCAUCCACUAGGGGCUCCCCCUGCCUGGAUAUUAAAUGCACCGAUUCCAGUCUAUAAUAUCAGUAAACGUGUAAAAACUGAAUUUAACGCUGACCGUAAAUAAAAAAAACACAAAGAAAAAACAAAAAAUUUAUAAUAAAAUUCUAUGACUUUCAUAAAUAUCUUUCUGUAGCAGUUUAACUAUAAUUAAAACAUUUAAAAAUGAUGAAUUAUUGGCAAAAUAGUCUCUAAAAUUUGAACGCGCAUUAGUUACGAUGGCGCUUUAGUUUCAAGAGCAAACGGCGCAUUAGAUUGGAGUACGAAUUCAGUACGAACAAAUGGAAAGCACACUGCAGUAAAGACAAACCGCACAUGCGUACUACUCUCUCUUGCUUACCUAGAGUUGCUCCUCACUUGACAACCUAUUCCGACAAGGACUGCUUGUAGAUACUUCGAAAUUUGCAUCGCUGCAACAGGGAUGCAAAACUUGGUUUCUGUGUAUGGUAAAGCUGUACCUCGUAGCUCUAGUAUUUUCUUGUACAAAUGCUCAGGUUUUAAAAAUGUUAAUACGCAUUAGAUUUGAUGGCGCAUUAGAUUCAAGUAAAUACGGUAUUUCUUUGUAAAAUGUAAGAUUUGAAUCUAAUAGACAACUUAGGAGCUAAAGUCAGAGAGAUAUAAAUACAAUUAUUUAUAUAAUACCAAUAAAUAGAUAAACCAAGACAAACCGUUAAUUUUUGGGGAAAAAAAAACACAUUUCACAUACGGGAACUGUAGGUGAAAAGGGCCCUGGCCAAACAAGUUUAUAAUCUAAAAGAGGUACGAUCCAGUUUUAUCAGACUUGGGUACCAUGGCUUAAGAGUAGUUAUAACAAUUAUUAUUAUUAUCACUGGUAUUUAUAUAGUGCCAACAGAUUCCGUAGCGCUUACAAUAUUAUCAAAGGGGGAGAUUUAACAAUAAAUGAGACAAUUACAAAAACUUACAGGAACAAUAGGUUGAAGAGGGCCCUGCUCGAACGAGUUUACAGUCUAUAGGAUGACUCAUAAAUCCCAAUAUUCUACCCACCUCUCAUUGUCUAUUUCUCCUCGGCUUGCGGACACCUCCCACCCCCACCCUUCUUUCCCCAUUGCUUGCUUUCUUUAUAUGAUAUUUUUUUUCAUAUUUACUUCCUUGAUUAAAUUAGAUGUCUCUUACAUUUAUUGUCGAACCUGAAUUUUUCUUCCUAAUAUUUACUGCUAUCUGUCAAAGUCUAUUAAAAAGGAAUUUGCAAUUUGUACCCAAAAUACUAAGGGUGAACACAUUUUCAGAUUUAACAGCUAAAUUUUCUGCUACAUGACUUUUUUAAUGGACAGUCACCUGAAAUGAUAUAAAUCCCAGAACAUAUAAAGGAGUGAUAUUUUGAAAUUAUAGUUGUACGCAUAACAUUAGAUACCUGUAUACAAAUAUGUUUGAUUGUGAAAAGAUGCAAAAUCAUUAGAGGACAACUUGUCCAGGUUAAUAAAAUUGAUGAGUUAGUGCCAGUAAGUAAUAUACAUACAUCUGUGCAUGUCCGAGUGCAGACAUACAAUGUACAUAUAUGUGUAAGUUUAGUGUAAUAUACAGGGCUCCAAAAUCUGGUAUUGUCCAUGAGGGAGAUCCGGGCAGAGCCUGCAUAAGCCAAACACAGCCCUGGCCAAUCAGCAUCUCCUCAUAGAGAUACAUUGAAUCAAUGCAUCUCUAGGAGGAAAUGGCAGUCACACAGUGCAGCACUGCCCCAGGAAGCACCUCUAGCAGCCAUCUGAGGAGUGGCCAGUGGAGGUAUCCCUAGGCUGUAAUGUAAACACUGCCUUUUCUCUGAAAAUAAAGUGUUUACUGCAAAAUGCCUGAAGGGAAUGACUAUACUCACCAGAACAAAUACAGUAAGCUGUAGUUGUUUGGGUGACUAUAGUGUCCCUUUAAAGUUUUUAUCUCCUGCCCUGUAAACUAAACUCUACAGGAGGCUCCUGCAUGGUCUAUUAGGCUAUUCACAGAGCAGGAGAUGAAAAAUCUUAAAUUAAAGAGACUAUGCAAUAAAGGAAGAUUAAACAUUAGAUCUCUUUACAGUAAGUGUUUAGGAAGUCUGGGUAAGUGAAGUGCAGGAAGGUGACUAGGGCUGUACAAACAGUGAUUUAACUCCUAAAUGGCAGAGAAUUAAUCAGUGAAACUGCAUGGUCAACUUCUAUACACCAAAACUACUUAAUUAAACUAAUAUUGUAUUAGUAUAGUGUAACGGAUCACCUGGCACCCCGACUGGGUACCUCCGUUGAAAGAUGCUCCUAGCGCUUCCUGAGGACUCCAAGCACUGCAGCCGACACCACAAUCACCGAACCAGAGAAGCGUAUACCUUCUCUCAAGCAUAUGAAUGCUGUAGACAGUUGAAUAGGAACCAUAUGAAUAGGUUUACUCUCCUAGCAGUCAAACUGGAACAGCAUACAAUAAAUCCUUCCCCAAUAAUGAGGCGACACUUCACUUUGAGGGGUUAAAACAGGAACUCUCUGUACUGUCACAUACAGUCUCUUUUAUAAUCACCAAACACAGUACAAACACAAAUUACAAAACAUAACCAAUCACAUCACAGUUACAUCCCACAUAUUCCCUCCCUUAUACAGAAACUCAAUUAUACAUACAGUUAAAACAUACUUUUCUACCCAACUUUCAUAACUCCAAACCAUACAUCACAUUCACAUAAAAUUACAUAUUCACAAUCAAUCCAUUCAGGGGACAACAUAUUCAAAAAUGGCACAAAUCAGACAAGGGGUUCAAAAGUUAGUAAAAAGUCCUUUGUGACUAAAUGAAGCAUGGCUUUCUGGCCCAAACCAGUUUCAGAGUCUUCUAUCCUGGAGAUAAGUAAUUCAAUUAUCUCCCAGGACAGACACAAGACUCCAUUAAGCACAUAGUUGCAAAAAGACACAAAACACUUUAAAAUACAUAAAGUCACCUUUUACACAUAACACACAGACAUUUCACAUAUCCCCAGAUAGCUGGGAUCUGAGCACACAUUAUUAGAUGAAUGGCACUCAGAUCACACAAAUAAGCCUUUCUGCAGAGGAAAUAAACAGUUUAACCUGCAGGGCCAUAGUCCAAAGGGAGCAGGCGAGCAACCAGGCUUCUCCAGUUCACAGUGGCGAGGUUGGUUUCGCCACACUUCUCCCCUUUACAAACUAGACUAACAGGGUAUCUGACCUCCUGCCGGUCAGUGCCCUGGUUAGUCCAGCAACCCACCCACAAAACAGAAACAGCAGUACAGCCCACCCACAAUAACUGGUUACUACACCUGGGUAGAGGAGAACUUUGUCCAUGUCCAGGUGCCUCCCCACGACUGUGUGGGCAACUGUUAGGCUGCCUUGGUGGGUUGCUGAGUGGGCAGAGACCAGCGGUACUCUGCCCUGAUGCCAGUGCUACCACGGAAGUAGCCUGGUGGGAGCCUGGUUGUGGGAGGGAGGGACCGACUGUCUCCCCUCUGGAUACACCGCUCUGUGGCUGGGGAACAGGACCGACUGUCCCUACCCCUUGUGCUGUAAGUGCAGAGACUACGGUUCCAUCUGCACUGUUGGGGGUGUAACAUCUCCCCUUGCUGGGUUAGGCUGCCGCUGGAGAGAGGGUGUAACAAGCUCCUCUCUCUGAACUGUAAACUGCCGCUGGGGAGAGGGAGUAUCAGGCUCCUCUCCCUGACACUCUCUCUGCUGGUGGAGAGGGGGACCAGCUGUCUCCCCUUUCAUUAUUUUGUCCUGUGGUUGGGGUGCGAGACUGACGGUCUCUGCUCCCUGCAGGACACUCUGCCGCUGGGGAGGAAGGACGGCACCUUCAGCUCCCUGGGGUACACACUGCAGCUGGGGAGGAAGGACUGCACCUUCAGCUCCCUGGGGUACACACUGCCGCUGGGGAGGAAGGACGGCACCUUCAGCUCCCUGGGGUGCACACUGCCGCUGGGGAGGAAGGACUGCACCUUCAGCUCCCUGGGGUACAUACUGCCGCUGGAGGUCUGGGCCGACCGCCCAGCAUCCCUGUAGGGCCGGUUGAGAGACCGCCGUCCCAUCUCCACCUGCCAUCUGUGGGUCUUCCCAGGACCAGUCUGUGAGGUCCCUCAACAUUUGCGAGUAAGGACCACCUGCUUCCGCACCUGGCAACUCUGGCUGCUGCUGGGGAUCUGGGCCGGUCCCAUCUCCACCUGCCUGUUGUGGUUCCUCACAGGACCAGUCUAUGAGGAUCCCUACUUCAGGUUCCUGCGGCCGCCUCAGGGAGAGACGGCUAGCCUCCUCGGAUGCAGCCUCUACUCGGCUGCUGUAACACUCCUUCCGCUGAGCAUACUCUCUCUCUUUCGCCAGCCGGAAUUCUCGGGCCAGCCUUGUGUUUCGCUCGGCCGUGACCUGGUUCCAGAUCACCCGGCGUGCCUCCAUGGGUAAAUCAUCCCCAUACUGGGCCACUCGCUGCCUCACCUCGGCCAUCCAAUCAUCGCCAGAGCCUUCCAUACUUGUCUGCUCCAAGUCGCUGGAUACCUCUGCUCCCAGGGUCGCUGCACGUGUGCUAGCGUUGCCCUCAAUUUGUAAAUCCAAAUGAACUGUGUCUCUGAGCUGCUUUACCUCGCACUAGGAUGCCAUCCCACCGCUGCCACCAAUGUAACGGAUCGCCUGGCACCCCGACUGGGUACCUCCGUUAAAGGAUGCUCCUAGUACUUCCUGAGGACUCCAAGCACUGCAGCAGACACCACAAUCACCGAACCAGAGAAGCGUAUACCUUCUCUCAAGCAUAUGAAUGCUGUAGACAGUUGAAUAGGAACCAUACGAAUAGGUUUACUCUCCUAGCAGUCAAACUGGAACAGCAUACAAUAAAUCCUUCCCCCAAUAAUGAGACGACACUUCACUUUGAGGGUUAAAACAGGAACUCUCUGUACUGUCACAUACAGUCUCUUUUAUUCCCAAUCCACAAACAUAGUACAGCCCACAGGGCGUUACAAAACAACCAAUCACAUAUCAGUUACAUCCCACAUAUUCCCUCCCCUUAUCCUGAGAGGAAACUCAAUUACACAUACAGUUAAAACAUACUUUCUACCCAACUUUCAUAACUCUAAAACCAUACAUCACAUUCACAUAAAAUUACAUAUUCACAAUCAAUCCAUUCAGGGGAACAACAUAUUAAAAAAUGGCACAAAUCAGACAAGGGGUUCAAAAGUUAGUAAAAAGUCCUUUGUGACUAAAUGAAGCAUGGCUUUCUGGCCCAAACCAGUUUCAGAGUCUUCUAUCCUGGAGAUAAGUAAUUCAAUUAUCUCCCAGGACAGACACAAGACUCCAUUAAGCACAUGGUUGCAAAAAGACCCAAAACACUUUAAAAUACAUAAAGUCACAUUUACACAUAACACAGACAUUUCACAUAUCCCCAGAUAGCUGGGAUCUGAGUGCACAUUAUUAGAUGAAUGGCCCUCAGAUCACACAAAUAAGCCUUUCUGCAGGGGAAAUAAACAGUUUAACCUGCAGGGCCAUAGUCCAAAGGGAGCAGGUGAGCAACCAGGCUUCUCCAGUUCACAGUGGCGAGGUUGGUUUCGCCACAUAUAGUGUUUCAUUUUCUCAUGCCAACUUGUUUUGAUGUGCUCAUCUGUUUAAAUAAAGAUUUAAUACAAAAAAAAAAAAACAUUCAAAGUAUUGGUGACCUAAUGCGCAUGAGCAACCAGAGCCAUGGGCACAUUCACGCUUCCUGAUUGAAUCAAUGCUUUCCUGUGGGGGCGUCCACGUCACAUCAAGAAGUUUUACCCAGUUAUUACAGCAGAAGCACCUCUAGUGGCUGUCACACUAACAGUUGGACUUAGCCUUGCAAUGUAAGCAGCAUUAUGUCUAAAAAAAAAACCAGGGCCACUUCCCCCACUAUUACACUGAGAUGAAGUGGUAUGGGUGACUUUAGUGUCCCUAAAAUUCUGCUCUCCACAAUGAAUGUAAAUUAAGUAAAUUCAGGCAUAUUUUACCCAGACACACGUGUGCACAGACAUGUUUGCGCUAUGUGGAUAAAUGUCACUUUUACAAAGGUAAAAGUGUGUACAGGUGUGCUCUACUUGGGUAUAAUUAUAAUAGAUAAUAGCCCCAUUAUCGAUAAUAACCAAUAUUAUAAAUAAUAAGCCCCUAGAGGGACAAAGGUUUAAAAAUAAUAUCAGGAAGUAUUACUUUACUAAGAGGGUAGUGGAUGCAUGGAAUAGCCUUCCAGCUGAAGUGGUAGAGGUUAACACAGUAAAGGAGUUUAAGCAUGCGUGGGAUAGGCAUAAGGCUAUCCUAACUAUAAGAUAAGACUAGGGACUAAUGAAAGUAGUUAGAAAAUUGGGCAGACGAGAUGGGCCGAAUGGUUCUUAUCUGCCGUCACAUUCUAUGUUUCUAUGGUAUCUGGACAGUUGUGCUAUAUACACUACAAUCUCAGUGCCUGUGUAUUCUACAAGGUAAUGUAUGUAGAGAUGUGUUCUACAUGGGCAAGUAUCUAUACAAGUGUGCUCUACACAGGUAAAUAUCAGCACAUGAUGUGUAUUCCAUGCUGGGGAAAAUCUGUAUAGGUGUGAAAUAUCAGUACAGGUGUGUUCUGCACAGGUGUGUUAAAUACAAGUAAUAUUGUACAUCAAUGGUGCCCAAAUGCUAGAUCCCCAGUUGUUUUAAAACUACAAUGCUUUGUCAUUCUAAAGACCUUCUAGAGGCAUGCAAAGCAGCAUGGGAGUUGUAGUUCUAUAACAUAUGGGAUCUACCUCUUUGGCAGACUUGGUGAAUAUACAGUUAUAUUCUAUGUGUCUAAGUGUCAUGUGUGCACUACAGAGGUAAAUGGCAGUGCAUGCUUGUUCUAUACAGGUAUGUGAACUACAAAUGUGUUAUACUCAGGUGACGUGUGUUCUAUGAAGGUAGGUGUCUGUACAGCUGUUACCCACAUGAAAGUGUAGUUAAAUGUUUACAUGGGGGUAGGUAGAAAAAUGUUUAUUCAGGAAAAAUUUACCGGGAAGUGAUGGUAUGGGUGUUUAUACGUGACUAUAUCAAUGCAGGUAUCUUUAAAUUCUGUCUUUGCCCUUCUCUGUCCUCAGUACCAGGCAGUCACAACCAGUCCUCAAAUGACACAAUCAGCUCAUUGUGUGAGAAGGUGACAGAACAAUCUCAAGGUGACAGAGGAGGGAGAAGGAGCAUACGGAGAGAAGGAGAAAGUGGAACAGACGGAGAGAGUUACAGGAGGAACGAGAGAACAGAGAGGAAGAAAGUGAUUAAGGUAAGAUCACAUACUGCAUGCUGCUGAGCUGGGUGGAACUCGUAAAAAGAAAUUAUCAUAAUGGGGAAAGUAUAAGGGGAACAUCGGAGAUACAGGGUAACUAAGUAAAGACGCCAGAGGGUUUAUACAUUAGGGUGAGCACCUUUCUGGUGUUACGAAUGUGAACAGCAUAAUUAGAACGGAGAUUACUGUAAUUCAGACAUAUACAGAGUUAUUUACUAAAGUCAAAAGUCAAACAGAAUUUCACAUUUACAGCAAGAAUAGCCAAACUGAAAGCAUAGCUGACCUACAGAUAGUUUUCUAGCUCAGCAAUUUUCACCAUAAAUUUGAAAUUUACCUUAAAUUCUCACGUUAGUAAAUAACCCUGAUAGCAUUCAUUCUCUAUACAGUUCCAUGUUGGGCAUUUUGUAACGGCUCAGGAAAGAUGAUACACCUGUGCUAUCUGUGUUAAGUGUGCAGAGUGCAGUCCACAUCAUGGGUGUUAGUGAACAGGGAGUAAAUCUUACUUGUGAAUCACCAUUGCACGUCCUGGGUGUUAGUGAACAGGGAGUAAAUCUUACUUGUGAAUCACCAUUGCACAAGUGUUAGUGAACAGUGAAGGAAUCGUACUUGUGAGGAGGGCAGUGCACAUCCUGGGUGUUAGUGAGCAGUGAAGGAAUUGUACUUGUGAGGAGGGCAGUGGACGUCCUGGGUUUUAGUGAGCAGUGAAGGAAUUGUACUUGUAAGGAGGGCAGUGCACGUCCUGGGUGUUAGUGAGCAGUGAAGGAAUCGUACUUGUGAGAAGGGCAGUGCAGGUCCUGGGUGUUAGUGAAAAGUGAAGGAAUUGUACUUGUGAGGAGGGCAGUGCACAUCCUGGGUGUUAGUGAGCAGUGAAGGAAUCGUACUUGUGAGGAGGGCAGUGCACGUCCUGGGUGUUAGUGAGCAGUGAAGGAAUCGUACUUGUGAGGAGGGCAGUGCACGUCCUGGGUGUUAGUGAGCAGUGAAGGAAUUGUACUUGUGAGGAGGGCAGUGCACGUCCUGGGUGUUAGUGAGCAGUGAAGGAAUCUUACUUGUGAGGAGGGCAGUGCAGGUCCUGGGUGUUAGUGAACAGUGAAAGAAUCGUACUUGUGAGGAGGGCAGUGCACGUCCUGGGUGUUAGUGAGCAGUGAAGGAAUUGUACUUGUGAGGAGGGCAGUGCACGUCCUGGGUGUUAGUGAGCAGUGAAGGAAUCGUACUUUUGAGGUGGGCAGUGCAUAUCCUGGGUGUUAGUGAGCAGUGAAGGAAUCGUACUUGUGAGGAGGGCAGUGCACGUCCUGGGUGUUAGUGAGCAGUGAAGGAAUUGUACUUGUGAGGAGGGCAGUGCACGUCCUGGGUGUUAGUGAGCAGUGAAGGAAUUGUACUUGUGAGGAGGGCAGUGCACGUCCUGGGUGUUGGUGAGCAGUGAAGGAAUCGUACCUGUGAGGAGGGCAGUGUACGUCCUGGGUGUUAGUGAACAGUGAAGGAAUCGUACUUGUGAGGAGGGCAGUGUACGUCCUGGGUGUUAGUGAGCAGUGAAGGAAUCGUACUAGUGAGGAGGGCAGUGUACGUCCUGGGUGUUAGUGAGCAAGUAAAGGAAUCAUACUUGUGAGGAGGGCAGUGCACGUCCUGGGUGUUAGUGAGCAGUGAAGGAAUUGUACUUGUGAGGAGGGCAGUGCACGUCCUGGGUGUUAGUGAACAGUGAAGGAAUCGUACUUGUGAGGACAGUAAUUCACGUCCUGGGUGUUAGUGAGCAGUGAAGGAAUUGUACUUGUGAGGAGGGCAGUGCAUGUCCUGGGUGUUAGUGAGCAGUGAAGGAAUCAUACUUGUGAGGAGGGCAGUGCAUGUCAUUGGUGUUAGUGAACAGUGAAUAUGUUUCUAAUUUUGAAGCAAACAGUACACUAGCCAUUAGUGAGCAGUGAAGAACACACAUAUCCAAGGAAAUCUAUUACAAGUACUGGGUGUUAGACUUGUUAGGAAGGCAUUGCACGUUUUGGCUAUUUGGGUAGAGGGCUCUUACAUUGCUCAUUCCUACUACAAGUCCUACUCCUUAGUGUGUGAAUUCCGUGCACAUACUAUCCAUCUAAGGGCACUCCAUGUGCUGGGUGUGGGGCUUAAGUCAUUGUGAAAGCUGCUGAGAGUUAGAUGUGUGUUAGGAGGAACAAAUGUAUAGGAACUAGUGUUAAGAGCAUUGUGUGAGAGGGAACUGGUGAACAAGCAUUAUGCUAGGGGGAACUAGUGAAAGAGCAUUGUGUGAGAGGGAACUGGUGAACAAGCAUUAUGCUAGGGGGAACUAGUGAAAGAGCAUUGUGUGAGAGGGAACUGGUGAACAAGCAUUAUGCUAGGGGGAACUAGUGAAAGAGCAUUGUGUGAGAGGGAACUGGUGAACAAGCAUUAUGCUAGGGGGAACUAGUGAAAGAGCAUUGUGUGAGAGGGAACUAGUGUAAAAGUACUAUGUUAAGAGGAAGUAGUUUAAUAGCAUGAUGUGUGGAGGAACCCACUCAGUAGUAAUGUGAAGAGGUAUAAGUGGAAGGUGCAGAGUCAGAGGAAAGACAGACAUAAGAAAAUGUCGUGUAUGAAUUUUAUGACACAAAUCUUUUUUGCCAUUGGCACAUCUCAGAUUAAACCAGAUGCCUAAUGACAUCACUAUGACAUCAUGACACCUGUUGUUUUUUUUCCAGACUGGUUUUAUCAAUAAAGUUUUUAAUGAAUGAAGAGAAAGAAAAAUAAAAAAAAAUUGAGAGAAAAAAUAAACCACUUACAUUUGUCCAGCAUGGCAGUUCUUCAUAAUUAAUAUAAAUAGCAAUUAUAACAUCACCCUCCACCCCCUCCCACACACACGUAUUACACAGCACGGUUUCUUUUGACAGGAAAUAUUGUAAUCAUCCCAAAUUACCUUUUUCGAUGACAGAACCCAGGCUGUGUGGUUACAGCUGACAAAUCAUGUUUUAAUAUCACGGUUUUGUGUUUCGAUAUGUCAUGUGGAUGGGUAUAUUUGUAAAGAAUUUUGGGGGGGAUUAACUGAAUAUGCUUGUUUGUUUUUUAAUCUGUUCUGAAAGAAGGGAAUAAUCACAGGGCCGCUCUGUUAAUAUGCUGCCCUGGAGACCCCCUAAUAUCAUAAAGGUAAACGUCUAGUGAGUAUCUAAGGAAGAGAUUGAGGGAUGAAAAGGAGGUUUUUGUUUUGAUUUCUUGGUUAAAGCAGUGUUAGAUAAUUCCUUGUGAAAUAUAAUGGGCAAAUAUGUGAAGGAUUAGGAUUCGUCCAAGGUUGAAUGAUAAUGUCUCUAGUGAUGGAUGCAAGAAUGGUCAUUAAUUUACUCUUUCAUAUAGGGUGGGCAGUAUACCUCCCAUUGUAUGCGAAAGAGUAAACCUGGUGUUAAUUCUGAUAUAGGCAAGGUUAGACGUUGUAGGAAUUGUUUUAAAUCUUAGCAGAAGGUGGGGAUGAAGGUGAAGUGGGGGGAGGACCGUACGGGUCAGAGAAUCUGUAAUAGGUGUCACCGUCUUGUAGUCCCAUUCAUUAAUUAACAUUUCCAACAUUAAGUAUGGGAUUUAUUCACUAAACAGUGAGCUGUGGCGAAUGGAAAACUAAAUUAUAAAUUUUAGGCAAAAUGUGCGGAUUUGGGAAAAAAGAUAAAAUAUAGCUAUUGGCACUGCUUGUCGAUAUUAGCUUAAAGAGUGCGAGUUGGUUUUAAUUUCACUGCAAUUUGAUGUUUAAACAUUGUGUGAUUUGGUGACUCAGUAAAUGUUAGUAAGCCUUUAUCAGGAUUUAUCGUUGUAGAGGGGUGAGAUGAAAGGCUAGUGAAAGGCCUAUGGAUAUAGAUUGUAAAAGCAAACCUCCCAAGUGUCCCUAUUUAGGAGAGACAUUCCCUAUGUUGAGCCCAAAUUCCUCUGUCCCUCUUUCCUACCCUAAUGUCCCUAUUUUUAGGAGCUCCAUAUUGUUGUUGUGCCUGAGUAUAUAAAAGAGCUCCACAACAAUAAUACUCACAGAAAUGUGCAUUUAAACUACAAAAAAUGUGUUUAGAAAUCAGUCUGUGUAAAUAAGAUACAUUGUUCUUGUUCUAAAUGAUAUUUUAGUUGCAAAAAAUAUUGUCACCUAAAAUUUUUCACAACAGCUCAGCAUCUGGCCACACCACUACUCACAAUUAAAGUGUCCAUCUUUGAUCAUUUGAAAUGUUGGGAGGUAUAAGGGGAAGUUCACUAAAACCAGGAAUCUGAGAGCAUUAAGCAAGAAUUUGCAUCUUUUUGUCAAAAAAAGAUUUUUUUUUUUAAAUUCUGCUAUCUGGCUUGGCUAUUUUUGGCUUUAAAUGUGCAAACCCAUUGUCAGUUCUCUAAAGUAUCCAAAUUACAACAUAAAUAUUAGCGUGCCAGUGAGGGAGCCUUUGAAAACCUUACAAUAUCUGUAGCUGGAUAGUGAGGUAGUGAGAUAGUGAUGAGUAAUAAGUAAGUGUCAGAAUGUUAAUAUAAUGUUAGAAUGUUAAAAUAUUAACUGUUAGAAUCUUAGUGUUUCUGAGCAAGUAAAACAUUAAUAGUGAAUUAUUUUUUCAGGUACUUGACUAGAUUUCUCGACUUCCUGUACGUAUAGACUGGGUAUGUGAAGUGGUUGUGGUAGUCCAGUAAUUACACUCUGCAUGGAACGCUGUAAUGAGGACCAUUAGGUGUGGGGAAUAUAUGCAAAUUAGAAAGGUGUUUACUGUGCAAAUGAUGCUUCUGUUUAUAGAAUCAUUAUUUAAAGUUUUAUCAUGUCUUUUCUUGUUUGUGAUAAAUUACUCGAGCACUGGCCGCAUAUCUUGGUUUUAUAUAUAUAUUGGUAAAACAGUUCUUGUAAAACUCAUAUCCAGUACAUUUUACAAGCCAGAAAAAAAAACACAUGUGAGUUUAUAGACAGAGGGAUGUAUAACUAGAUACAGAUACCAAGGGAGUAGAGAACUUCAAUUCAAUACCAGCGGCACCUCCUACAAUGCGCUCCAUGUGUUAGAAGUGUAGGGGUAUAUGUGCAAGAGUUAGUGUAAUAUUGUAAUUAUGUAUUUGAUAUUGGUUAUUCUAUUAUGUCUGUGUGUAUUUAGUAGAUGUGUAUCUGUGUAUCUGUUAGAUAUUGGUUUUACAGUUGAAUAUGUGUAUUAUAUGUGUUUAUGUGUGUGUAUAUUAGUUAACCCCUUAAGGACAGAGCUUCAAAAGCUUGUCUUUCACUUAAUGACAACAGCAUUUUUUUUCAUUUUUGCUGCUUGCGUUCAACUGCAAUUUGCAUUUUACGAAUUUAUUGCACCGACACAUAUUAUAUACCGUUUUUUUAAAGGACAGAAAGGGCUUUAAUUUGAUGUAAUAUAUAUAUAUAUAUAUAUAUAUAUGCUUAUUUAUUAUAAAAAUAUACAGAAUUAUGCAUAAAAAAAAUUUGUGUUUUUUUUUACAGUUUUUGCAAUAAUAAUGUGUGCACAAUUAGUGCAGGUUAAUGAAAGUAAAUUCAUUUAGUUGUUCUGAUUUACAGAAUAUAUAAUGUGUCUGGGAUUUUAAGUUUUUUUGGUAGUUAUAGGUCACAAAGCACAAGGAGUAAAAUAAACUUUUAAUGUGGAGCGCUUUUAGAAUUUGGUAUGUUUGUCUUGUAAGCUUAAUAGCCAUAAAAGAAAACAAAAUUGCCACACAAAAGUAUAUAUUUAUAUAAAGUAGACAUCACAGGCUAUUUACCUGAGGUUGAUUUGACACUUUCUACGUAGCCAUUUCACCGCCAACCUCUGCUAAAUAUUGGAGUAAAAUUGUGGGUUUUUUUGGUUUUUGGCACACAUACUUAUAACAAAGAAAUUCUCAUGUAUAUUUUGUAAAAUUGGUGUGUGCUAUUCCUGAACAAAAUUUUAUUUUGUGUUCAGUUACAUCUGCGGAGUAAAAUGACACCCCCAUUGUAUGUCUUUGGCACUAUUUCGUGAAGCUACAGUGCCAUAUAGGAGACCUGUCCUUUUAGGUAUUCACAGUAGAAUUUUGAGAGAUGGAUUUAAUGAGCCUUAGCUUCCAUUUGGGUUUUAUAAAAUUUUGACUGUUCAAAAAAAAAAAACCACAAAGGCCUACCAUUUGUAAAAGUAGACACUCCAGGGUAUCUCAUAAGGUGCAUAUUGUGCCUUAACAUGCCCCCAUUUUUUCACCAAUGUAUGCCAAAGUAUGUGGUAAAAAAUAAUUUUGUGCAUUUUUUACAUACGGAUUGCAUUUUUGCUGGGCAUUUUGUAUAUUUCAUAUGUGCUACUAAGUUCAAACCUCCCAAAUUAUGCUCAGCUAAGUCUUCUGAGUAAAAAGACACCCCCAAUGAAUGUCUUUGGCACUAUUUCAUGAAGCUACAGUGCCAUGUAGGAGACCAAGCCAUAUCAGUUUUUACUGAACUUUGAAUUUUGACGCUGGGCCUAUGUGCAAUUUCCAAGCAUCUUCGCAGGUUUUAAAUUCAAACUACCCCACAAAGACCUACCAUUUUUUAAAGUAGACACCCCAGGGUAUUUCAAAAGGUAUAUUUUGAGCCUUAGCGUGGGAUCAUUUUUCCGCUAGCUUGUACCAGGUGGUAAUAAGCGUUUUUUCUGCCUUUUUGAUAUACAAAGUGAGUUUGCACAGUAUAUUUUGCAAACCUUAUGUGUGCUACGACUGUAUAAUACUUCAUAUGUUGCUCAGCCUUUUUUUUUUUUACCGUUAACUCCUAACUAGCAGUAAGCAGCACUAACAGUAAAUUCCCCAUUUUACCAUAACUCCCUCCCACCCCAGCUAGCAAAAUAUAUAUAAUUAUAAAAUAUUUAAAUUAAUUAAAUAAAGAAAUUGAACCCCUGAGGGUUAAAAAAUUAAUAAAAGUUAAUCCUCAGGGGUUAAAAAAAAAUUGAUCACAGUAUAAUACUGUGAUCUGUAUUUGAUCACUGUAGGCAGUGAUCGACUGGCAGGGAAGGGGUUAAUUUUUAUUUGGACUGGGUAAAGGGUUUUUUUUUUUUUUUUACUUAAACGUUAUUAAAACUUUUUUUAAGCUUAAUUUUUAACUUUUUAAAGUUUAUUUUAAAACUUUUUUUAACGUAAUUCCCCACUAACUUCCACCCACCCCAGCUAGCUAAAUAUAUCAUUUUAAAAUAUUUAAAUUAAUUAAUUAAAUAAAUUUAACCCCAGAGGGUUAAAAAAAAAAAGAAUUAACCCUCAGGGGUUAAAAAAAAAAUCAGAUCAUAGUAAAAUGUAAUCCCUGCCAAUUGAUCACUGUAGUCAGUGAUCAAUUGGCAGGGAAGGGGUUAAUUUUUUUUGUUAAAAUGGGGUGGGAUUUUAAAUUAACUUUAUUUUUUUCCGGCAAGGGGCAGGAUCAUCACUGUUCCGGCUCCCUGCACUUCACACAGAACCAGGAAGUGCAGGGAGGCGGAAGGUAAGUAUAUGCAGCACAUGUGUUUGCUCUGACAUGCGGUCAGAGCGAGCACAUGUGCUGGGCAGCCUGAUCAGGUGCUCCCGAUCUGCCUCUAAUACACAGGUAGACCGUAGCACCAUUAACCCUGCGAUCGCCGCGAUAGCGGCGAUCCGGGGUUAAUUUUACCGCGUGACGGACAAGGUCCGUCACUCGUCAUUAAGGGUUUCCCCUGAGUGACGGACCUCAUCCGUCAUUCGUCCUGAAGGAGUUAAAGGGACACUAUAGUCAAGAGAACCAGUACAGCUCAUUGCAGUCGUUCUGGUAAGUAUAUUCAGUCACUGCAUGUUUUUUAAUGUAAACACUGCCUUUUCAGAGAUCACUCAUGAUAGCCUCCCAAAUGCUUUCCUAUGGGAAAGCAUUGGAUUGGUUGAGAUCGUUGUGAGAAAAUCAGCAUUUUCUAACUUUGUUCGUAUGAUAUUUCGGAUUUUUUGUUUAUAUUUAAUUUAUUUUUUCAGUAGUUUUCAAACUACCGAACGACCGACCACCCCUAUGGCUCAUUAUUACUAAAGGAAACCUUCAAUUAAGUGCUCUCUAUGUGAAGCCGCCGUUCGUAUAGCCAAAAGCCACUUGGAAGAGAAAACGGCGGCCAUCUUGUUUGCACGAAAGGAGGCAGCGGGACUUGGUCGUCGAGUGUCUGGAACUAAAAUCGGACACUCGACUUCCCGAAACACCGGUCAAAUUGACGAAUGCCUGCUUCCUUUUCCCGAACAGCUGGAAGAACGCUGUUCGGUAGUUUGGUUCCCACGAACCAGGGGAACAAUCGUUGCUAUGAGCCAGAGGGAUCCAUUUGUGCAUUUGUUUGGUUUUAUGACUUAACGAAAUAGACCGACUGCACAGCCUAAACACAUGGAACUGUUUAUGGGUAGGAUCCUCGUGUGCGGUCGGUCAAAGGGGACUUCCAUGAAAUUCGAAAACCCCUGAACCAAUCUGGAUGAUUUCUGGAUAUGUUGGUCACCCAGCUCGGGGCUUUCAGGGGAUGUGACAUUUGUGGUGGUCCUGUAUGUUUUCCAAGUAUUGUGAAAAUUGACCCAAUUAUCUCCAGGCAGAGAGGAGGGAAUUAACUGUUUGUACUAGGAGUGUCACUGUUUGUCCCUGUAUUGUUAUUGGUUGUACUAAGUUGUGUCCCUGUUUUCCACCAGGUCCAGGGGGUAUUCCUCUGGCCUGGAGAAUCGCAUGAAAGCCAGUGUGGCACAAUAAAAUUUCAUUCCUGUUACACCCUUCAUCAUGUUUCGGCUGAAGUUUGGGUACCUGAGUACUGCUUUGGGGAAAUUCUGCUUGGACGCUGCUUCUACUCUGGAAUAAUAGACAAAUGGAAAUCCGAAUCUAUAAUCACUCUUGCUCUUAGCCGUUCGGGUAAAAAACGAUGAAUCCCUAGCUACCACUUCAGGGUUUGUCACAAUCGUCAACUUUGAUGAUCUCAGCCAUGGAGGUGGAGCCAGUGUAGGUGAGUAAAAACACAUUUCCCAUGCUAGCGGAGGGGGACCAGUGACCUAAAUAGCUUAACACUAUAGUGUCAGGAAUACAUGUUUGUGGUCCUGGCACUAUAGUGUUCCUUUAAAUUAUGCAAAGAGCCCAGAAGGUGACAGAGCUGCUUUAAAUAUGGGUGUGUUUACUAGUGUUUGUUUAUAAGAUAUGUUUGUUAUAAUGCUAUAUACACUGAUCAGCAACAACAUUACAAUCACUGACAGGUCAAGGGAUGGAAUAUAUUAGGCAGUAAGUGAACAGAAUAGUCAGUCACAUAUAAGAUGUAGUUUAUUCAGUUUUAUGUGUGUGUGUGUUAGUGUAUUAGAUGUUGGCGUUUUGGUCCGGUGUGUGUGUGUGUUAGUGUAUUAGAUGUUGGCGUUUUGGUCCCGUGUGUGUUAGAGUAUUAGAUGUUUAUUCAGUUGUAUGUGUGUGUGUUAGUGUAUUAGAUGUUGUUUAUUCAGUUUUAUGUGUGUGUGUGUGUUAGUGUAUUAGAUGUUGUUUAUUCAGUUUUAUGUGUGUGUGUGUUAGUGUAUUAGAUGUUGGCGUUUUGGUCCCAUGUGUGUGUGUGUGUUAGAGUAUUAGACAUUUAUUCAGUUGUAUGUGUGUGUGUUAGUGUAUUAGAUGUUGGUUAUUCAGUUGUGUGUGUGUGUGUGUGUGUGUUAGUGUAUUUAAAGUUGGCUGUUCAGUCCUAUGUGUGUUUAUGUUAGUGUAUUAGAUGUUGGUUAUUCAAUCCUAUGUAUGUGUGUGUUAGUGUAUUAGAUGUUGGUUAUUCAGUUGUAUGUGUUUAAGUUAGUGUAUUAAAUGCUGGUUAUUCAGUUGUGUGUGUGUGUGUGAGAUGUUUUUUGUUAUAGAUGUUUGUUAUUUAGUUUCAUGUGUUUAUGUGAGUGUAUUAAAUGUUGGUUAUUCAGUUGUGUGUGUGUGUGUGAGAUGUUUGUUAUUCAGUUGUGUUUGUGUGUUCGUGUAUUAAAUGCUGGUUAUUUGGUCCUAUGCAUGUGUGUUAGUUUAUUAGAUGUUGGUUAUUCAGUUGUGUGUGUGUGUGUGUUUGUGUGUUAGUGUAUUAGAUUUUGGUUAUUCAGCUGUAUGUGUGUGUGUUAGUGUAUUAGAUGUUGGUUAUUCAGUUGUGUGUGUGUGUGUGUGUUAGUGUAUUAGAUGUUGGUUAUUUAGUCCUGUGUGUGUGUGUGUGUUAGUGUAUUAGAUGUUGGUUAUUCAGUUGUGUGUGUGUGUGUGUGUGUGUUAGUGUAUUAAAUGUCGGCUAUUUAGUCCUAUGUGUGUGUGUGUGUGUUAGUGUAUUAAAUGUCGGCUAUUUAGUCCUAUGUGUGUGUGUGUGUUAGUGUAUUAAAUGUCGGCUAUUUAGUCCUAUGUGUGUGUGUGUGUUAGUGUAUUAAAUGUCGGCUAUUUAGUCCUAUGUGUGUGUGUGUUAGUGUAUUAAAUGUCGGCUAUUUAGUCCUAUGUGUGUGUGUGUUAGUGUAUUAGAUCUUGGUUAUUCAGUUGUAUGUGUGUAUUAGUGUAUUACAUAUGGGUAUGUCUAUAUAUUAGCUCAGUGGUUGGUAGUUAAUAAGUACUUUAUUCCUCUGUUCACACAAGGUGACUCUGACUUUUCAUAGUGCAGUUCCGAUAUUUAAGGUGUUUGACUCUGCGUACAAGACUUGGAGCUCUCUACAUGUGUAUGUAUGAUCAUAUAGUUUUUCUUUUGGUUGUAUUUGUGUUUGCUUUGACUUUCUGCUGUAUAUUGAAAUAAUCUCUCCAGGUCUGUGUAGAAGCACAUAGUAUUCUCCUGUAUGUAUACCGCUAUGUUGGUGUUGAUAAAUAUGUAUAAUUCAUAUACAUACACACACACACAGACACACACACACAGUGUGUAUAUAUAUAUCAUUAUUAUUAUUAUUUUUAUGUAUUCUUUUAUUUUUUCUGGUACACGCCAUUCUGUAUAUUUUUGUAGCAUACUGUUAGUUUCUAUGCGGAGCAGGUCCAGAAUUCUAAUAUACAGAAUUGCGAUGUAAUCGGAAUGCUUUAACAUGUAUACAGAGCAUGUAUCUGUAUUGCUGAGUGAAUGCUGUGUCUGGGUGCCAUAUUCAGCAUGUUUUGCAGGGCUAGUCACUAGAGAGGGAAUUUUAAAAUGAAUUUCAAUAUUUAAAGAUAAAAUAGCCCGACUGGUUUAUCUUACAGUUCUAAAGUUUCCAGUCUCAAUAUUCUUUGAAUUCCUGACCAUUUUCACUUUAGUGAAUAAUCCUGUGUUUCUGCACAGACUGUUUAUGAACAUGUAUCUGUACAAAAGUCCUUUUUUGUGUGACUGAUUUAUGUGUAAAGAAUUCCUGUAUGCAGGAUAUCCGUGUAUGAAAUUCCUCCAUAGGUAUGUAUGUGUACUGCAUUCCUGAGUGUAGGACUGCAUACAGAUUUCAGUGUUCUGUGCGUGUGUCUGUUUUAUUGCUUAUCGUGUGAUAUCUGUGUAUUAUAUGUGGCUGGAAUUCUCUACACAUACAGGAAUUUUAUACACAUACACAAACACACAAAAACAAUCAGGGAUUUUAUCCACAGAUACACAUUCACAGGAAUUCUAUACACAGACAUACAUUCUGUCCACAGAUACACAUUCACAGGAAUUCUAUACACAGACAUACAUUCUGUCCACAGAUACACAUUCACAGGAAUUCUAUACACAGACAUACAUUCUGUCCACAGAUACACAUUCACAGGAAUUCUAUACACAGACAUACACUCUGUCCAGAUACACAUUCACAGGAAUUCUAUACACAGACAUACAUUCUGUCCACAGAUACACAUUCACAGGAAUUCUAUACACAGACAUACAUUCUGUCCACAGAUACACAUUCACAGGAAUUCUAUACACAGACAUACAUUCUGUGCACAGAUACACAUUCACAGGAAUUCUGUACACAGACAUACAUUCUGUCCACAGAUACACAUUCACAGGAAUUCUAUACACAGACAUACAUUCUGUCCACAGAUACAGGCAUGCUGUACACAAAAUCGCAUACAUUUGUAAAACUAAAUGCAUGCAUGCUUUACUCUGAUUUUUGACUCUGCACAGUGCCUAUAAUACAUGCAGCCUCCACACUCAGCACAGAACCUAUAGUGCAUGCAGCAUCUACACCAAGGGUAUCCAAAAUAUAUGUAGAUCCCCAGAUGUUUUAAAACUACAACUUCCAUGAUGCCUUGUAAUUAUAAAGGCAUGCAAAGAGACACAAAGCAUCAUGGGAGUUGUAAUUCCAUGGGACAUGCACCUCCACACUGCAUACAGCCUCCAAACUAUGUGCAAUACCAAUAGUGUAUCCAGCCUCCACACUCCGCGCAGCAUGCAUAGUGCAUGUACUAUUAUAAUACCCAUACUGCAUGCAGCUUCCACUCUGCACACAAUGCUCAUAGUGCAUGGAGUCGUCACACUCUGCGUAGCACCCACAGUGCACUACAACCACACCCAGAUUCAUACAUACACCCACUCAUAUUCAUAUAUCUGGUCAAACAUGGAUACAUACACUCACAGACAGACACACUGACAAACAUCCACACAAAGACAAAAACUGUACCUCCAACAUUUCAAAUGUACAAAGAGGGACACUUUAAUUUAAGUGGUGUAAGUGGGGUUGUAUCCAAGGGGGAGCUGUUCUGAGAACUUUUAGGUGACUUCCCAAUAACUAAAAUGUAAAUUAGAACAAGAACAAUGCAUUUUAUUUACACAGACUGAUUUCUAAACACAUUUAUUGCUGUGGAGUUCUGUUAUACAUUCAGACACACCAACAAUAUGGAGCUCCUGGAAAUGAGGGACACUGAUAGAAAAGAGGGACAGAGGGAUUUGGGCCCAAAAAGGGAUUGCUCCUACUAAAUAGGACACUUGGGAGGUAUGAUGGCUACAGGCUUUUGGCCAGACAUAAAUGCCCGUGACUUCUUAGGGGGAGCAUUUGCCCUAAUGGUUCCCUCUGGAUCUGUCACUGUAGUGCAUGCGAUUUCCACUGUCCGCACACACUCUCUGCAGCAGCCAGUACAGUACCUAUAGUACAGCCUCCAGUUGUUGUACGACGUUACUAUCCAUACUGUAUGCAGCUCUCUUACCAACAUUCUGUUCCAAUUUAUCUUCUGCACUUGACACAUUGGAAUAAAAUGCUGCAGCUUUGACAUAGGCUAACAUUUUGUAUUUUUUAGGAUUCUAGAGAAAGGGGUUAAUACAAGAGCCUGUUGCAUAAGAUGUAUUCAUGUAGCAUUUUUGGACAGAACUCAAUGAGCACUUGUUGACUUUGGUCAAGGUCACUGGCCUAAAAGUCCCCGACACGUAUUGACAACAACAAGAGAUGACAGCAGAGGGAGCUCUAGAGCCGCAUUUGUGGUAAUCGUACACAUUUUUAGAAAAACGGACACACAGCUCAAUUAGUAUAGAGGCAGAUACAGUGCAGGGAGAGGAUGUGGUGUGUUGCUGCAGAAUGUACGUUCCAGAGUUACAGCGGAAGGAAUGAUGGUGGCACUAACAGGAAAAUGGAAACCGGUUUCACAAAGCUUACUCGCUUAACAAUCAAUACUAAGCUAACGUAGAAUUAAAGAAUAUUCUUGUACUAACAAGGGCAAGCCUUACAUAAAAAGGAAAUUUAGGCCCCACGCAUCAAAAACAAACAAACAAACAAUGUAUAGUAACUGAGAAAUUCUACCUUAACAAAUACUUAGUGAUUUUUCAACUAUAAUGAUCUCAUGUUUCAGUUGGUAAAUAGCAGCUGUUUCAAAAACAGCACAUUUUCCAUCCAUUACGGAAAUUAUCACGGCGCCACGACCCUCCUCUCUUGGUUUGUAACAAACAUGAGAGGGAUGAAUUCAUGACAAUUUCACAUAGUAGCUGCUGCCUGGUGGUGUAAGCCCGUCGGUUCUCAGACAGGCUGCAAUAUGAAUAUAUAAGUUCUACAGAAUGUUUAAAGAAUUUGUUUGUUGGUUCCUUAUCCAAGUAUAAUUAUUGAAGUGUUUACCAGGUGCACAAUGCCAUUGAGGGAAGUAUAAAUACAGUUAACUCCGCUGCCCUUCUAUGUUCAUCUCCCAUGAUGCACCGGUUGUGCUCAUCCACUCUUUGGCCUCUACAGAACAUUAUCCUAUACAGUUUAUUAUGACGUCUAAUGUCUCCGGUACCCCUCAAUGGCAUUAGCCUCUGUGAUGAGUGAAUAUUUAGCUCUGACGAGUAGACGUGUGACAUGACGUGGAACCACCGCGUCCUGCUUUCUGUGUGACAUCAUUGGUUCCCUGUAAGACACUGUUUGGCAGACACUGCGCAGUAUCAGGAAACCUAAUGUCAGCAGAUUAGUUAGAUUAUACUCCCAGGUCUCAGCUGCCACCAUUUCCAUUUUGUACCUCUUCCCAUAAUGAUAUUGGAGUUGAAUAGCUAAAAACACCACAACUCCCAUCAAACUAGAGCAGAAGAGGAGAUGUAUGUUGCAUUUUUCUCCCUAAUUCACUGACACCCCGCUAUUUGUGCACAAUGUGGUGACAAGUACAUUUUAGGACGGAUUAUGUCAGUACUUGAAUAAAGGGAUUUCACUAUUCAAUAGUAUUGUCUGUAUUUAUAUCUUACUUUUUUGUGCUACAUGGGUUUAUUUUUAUUUUUUUUAAGAGAGAGAGGUGGUUUAUUGUAAAUCAAAAUAGUAAAAAAAUUUCUACUACUCAGAUAUUUUUCCAGCUCAACUACUUUGACGUACAAUUUGCCAUUCCCAUUGUUAGUUCUCUAAAAUGCAUUUUAAGUGAAUAACACCACUGUCUCCUGACUUCAACACCUUUCAUAAUGUUAUGUAAUUUACCUAUUGUUUGCUAAAUGUUUUGUCACUUCGUAAAAUCAGCUUUAUCACAAAUAAGCAUUGCAAUGUUAGCAUCUACCAUCCUUAUCUACAUUUUAUCUUUUCUAUGUGUGCAUCAACAGGUAUCCCAUAACAUCUCAUGGCAUCGGAAAACCAACACUUAGACGUCUGUCCUUCGGUCACUGAUGGUCCAGUUGUCAUGAAUCAGGCUGACACUGAAUCCUCCCAUAACAUGCAAGGUCCCCAAGUAUGCAGUGAAGAUUCUAGUCUGAAGCUCUCCAACUACUGCACUGCAGAUAGUGAACACCAGGGGGCAGCAGAACAUCUCUUACCAACACAGAAGGAAAGUAGUGUAGAGGAACCUGUAUUAAAUAGCAAUGAACGAGUAAAAAGAGAGGAGGGGGAUAAUAAUAAGGAGCAGAUAGCAGGACUGGAGGUAAAUAGUGAGAAGCAGAGAAUAGAACAGGAGGAAGGAACCAGCAAUAAGCAGGAAACAAUUGGGGCUGACACAAGUGGCAACAAUCAGGAAGUAAUCCAGGUUGAGGCAAGAACUCAGGGUCAGGAUGGGACAAGUGACCAGAAUAGUGAGUGGGCUACUGGACCAGAUCAGGAUGGGGCAACAGGUGAGAUACAUGAAACAGGCCAUGGUGAGCAAAUUGCUAUUAAAGAGCAGGAGAAGGCAAAGUUAGAGAACCAGGAGGGGAUACGUAGAGAGGAACAUGCAACAGACACGCAGGAGACAGGUACAUUUGACAGUGAACCUGAGCAGGUGAAGAUACGUGGAGAGGGACCAGACGUAGGGGGAGAUGGGGCAAGGAGUGUAGAAACAAGAGAGGGAGAGACCGAGGCUGUAAAACUUGCCUCAGAAGAAGGAGAGAAGCCAAAAGAAAAUGGUCAAGGGAUGGGGGAGCCUGGUGGACAUGGCGGAUCCUGUGACAUAGAGAUGGAGGGAAAACGAACAGAAUUAUCGCCGGCAGAAGCAAAUGGUGAGCAUACAGAGCAACAAAUAAUUACAGAUAUAUUAGAAACGGCAACAGGAGACCAAAGGGAAUGCCUGGAUCAGAAUGUUAGAAGGGGAGGUAGCGACGCACAGCUGACAGGAGACACAGGAGAAGGGAAAGACGGCCAGACUAUAGGAACCUUUGAGGAUGUACCUGGUACCUGUGUAAAGGAAACAGGGGCACAGAUGAAAGAAGUAGAGGUAAAUGAGGCAGAAGAGGGGAGAGUUCCAGGUGAACAUGGGACAAGUGAAGACGUUUGCUCAGAAGCCCAAGUGACAGCGGGAAUGAUAGGUGCUGACAUACAGGUGACAGCCGAGGAGACAGGUGAAAAGGUGACAGCACAGGGUACAGCUGCAGACGGAUAUGUGAUAGGAAAGCAUAUACAGUUGGCAGAAGAAGAGACAGUUACAAGUAUACCUGUAACAGGAGAAAGGAUAGAUACAGAAACCCAUGCAGAUGUGCAAGUGACAGGUACAGUUAUACAGCCGACAGGUGACAACUCAGCUGUAAUAGAAGACAUAAGCUCCUCAGGUAACCAGACACAGGAGUUGUCAUUUGCAAGCACUCAGGGUGCUGUUGAGGAAUUUACAGGUGCACAGAAAACAAACAUAGAAGUAAAGGUAGACAUAGCAGGUGAGUUUGGAACAGGUGGACAGGUGAGUACUUCAGGUGAGAAAGCAGAAAGGGAGGUGACACCUGAUUCUGUCCCUGGCUGGGAGGGGACAGAAGGGACAGACCGCCCAGCAGCAUGCUGGGAGAAGGAGUGUCCGUCUCUUACCGGGAGAGAGGAGAAGGUAGACACUGCUGGGCAGGGAGAAACUCAAGAAGAGAAAGCAACUGAGAAGGAACUGAGCUGCAAGACAGCAGCAAUGAAAGACAGGGAAUUUGUAGAAGUGGGGGAGAUUCCCCCGGCCGAGACCCCCAUUGAAAGGGAAAUUCGACUGACCAUGGAAAGGGAGAAUGUUCUGCGCCAGGAAAGGGGCAUCAGCUCGCCUGUGGGACAGUCUGAGUUUGUGGAAGUGCGAAGGAGGACAUUAUCAGUGGAGGUAGGACUACCUGCUGGCAAGGAGCGUCAGCUGGCAGGCGCCCAGAUGCAGAGGGACAUCCAGCAGGAGACACGCAGGGAGCAGGACCUGGUGGAGCUGGGCAAGGUGAUGGGCACUUAUGACCGUGGACCUCAGCAGGAGCUGCAGGAAAGAAAGCAGCUCUUUGAAAACUUUGCAACAGGUGAGCACUUAACUUCUAGUUUUCUCCUAGCCCAAACUUUCCUGCUCUUCACCUCUGCCAGUCAUCUGACUACCAAACAGGGACGAUGACUUCAUCUCCUGUAGUCGCAUUACGAGAUUAUCCGACUAUUCUCCUGUCUCCAGGGCAAUGAGAUAAGAAGCCAUUCAUGCAUAGAAUGAAUAUACCACCUUCAAAAGCAUUACAAAACCUAUUCCUAUUUUUUAAUUCACUAAAUUUUGAUUUGGUUUUAUGUUUAACACAUUUCACUGCUAUUGAAUAAACUCUUUUAAAUAAAAAAUAUAUAUAUAUUUUAAAAAACAGAUUCCUUACUCCCGCCCCAAUAAAAGAUUAUAGCUAACAUUAGCUUGCAUUAACCCCUUAAGGACACAUGACAUGUGUGACAUGUCAUGAUUCCCUUUUAUUCCAGAAGUUUGGUCCUUAAGGGGUUAAACAUCCACAAAUCGACAAGCAGGGGACAUUGCAAACAAAUUAACCAUGUGACGAUGUGAUCUUACCUAAUGGGUGAUCCAUGACGCAACCUGUUUUUAACCUGUUAUGAACCAAACCCUAUCUGUCCCCAGUCCACCCAUCAUGUGCUUGUUGUUUGCCUGGACUCCCAGGGGAGCAGUGUGUGUGUUGACAUGUGCUGCAAUCAGUGGCACGUCCUACACUGCUCUCUGCAUUGCCUAAUACUGAGUUAAACUACUGGGCCCUUUAUCCUCCCUCAUUUAUCCUUUCACCACCUCCUCUCUCAGCUGGGAGAAACCAGGCUGCCUGCACACCUCUUCCUUAUUACAUCCAAUAUCAUUGUGACUCUCCUCUCAUUUUCUGCAGGGUCUCUCCUAUAAUAUGUGGUCAUCUGCUAAAUGGGAAAAAAAUAACAUAGAUCCAAUGGGAAACAUCGCAUGGUGUAAAGGGUAAAAGUAUGAUAUUGGCUGUUAUAGUGGGGAAACAGGAUAAUAUGUUAGGGAAUAGCAUAGAGCAGGUGUGGGCAAAAUGUAGCCCUCCCUUGUCACCGAACUACAACCCCAUAAUACUUUGCCUGUUUACAGUCUAGUAUACUUACUACGAAGUAUAUUAACCUACAAGAAUAACUGCAUAAAGUUGAUCAAAGAAGGAAAAAUGCACAAUUAUCGAGGUGGCGGAUGGGAUAUAAUUCUGACUGAAAAGUAACAUAGGAUUGGGAUGUAGGACACGGCGGGGGGUAACAUAUAAUUUAUUAGGGGAGGGAAAGCACAGGAUUUAUUGGAGGGUGAGUAUAGGUGAGUAUUUAUUAAAGGGUGAGAUAGGUCAGUAUUUAUUAAAAAGAGUGGAAUAGUACCGGGUUUAUUAUAGGAUGAUUUGUGAAAUAGCACAGGAUUUAUUGGAGGGUGAAAUAGGUCAGUAUUUAUUAAGUGAUGAUUUAUUAAAUUAUCAAAUAGCACAAGAUUUAAUAAAGGGGUAAAAUAGUAUAAAAUGUAUUAAAUUGUGAAAUGCCAUAGCAGUAAAAGCGUGAAGUACAUAUAAAGGCUGGGCCUGCUUAGGUUUAUCCAGGGCCAGAUUAAGAGCCCAUUGGGCCUGGUGCUGGUGAUAAGCCUAAUUACAGAAUCUUAUCGACAGAAAACACUAAAACAGUUAUACCUCCCAAGCGUCAUGUAUCUGGUGGAUGUUGUGCUGGAGGGAAACUCACAGGAUAUAGCUAUACGUAAACACAUAAUAUCACUAAUAUCUCAACCAAAUCCAUACCCUCUAACAGCGGCAUCCCGUGAAGCAGCAUGUUGUUGGGUGGGGUAAAAUGGUGGCCCACUGCCACGUAAACAGCAAUGCCCAAAGGGUUGGAUCUGCCCAGAAAUAAUUGGAAGGUUAGCCCGGCGUGAAUACAUGCCAGUCUGCCCGCCAAUCAUGCAGGCUGUCCAACUAAGGGCAUACUAUGCAGACAACACCCUGAGAUUGGCGCAAAUGCAUCCAAUAAGUGGCGUAGCUAGAGCUUUUGCCGCCCGGGGCUGUCCCUGAGCUUGCCGCCCCUAUCUCGACCCAAAUACAAAAUCUUUUCCAUCACAAAAGAUUUUUUCAUUGAAAAAGUUCCAAUACAAUUGUCAGUUUCACCAAUAAAGUGGCAAUGUAGAAUUAUUGGUGAAACUAACAGUUGUAUUGGCACUUAUUGAAGAGGGCUUCUGUGAGUGCAUGGAGAGAGGGGGGCUGUGCAAGGGAGGGAGGGGGACUGUGCGGGGGCGGGAGGGGGACUGUGCGGGGGCGGGAGGGGACUGUGCGCGGGGCGGGGGGAGGGGGACUGUGAGGGUGCAGAGAGAAAGGGGGUCUGCGCAGAGAGAAAGGGGGAGAGAGGAUCUGUGAGGAUGCUGGGAGGGAGGGUGUCUGUGGGUGCAUGGAGAGAGGUGAUCUGUGCAGGGGAUGGGGAGGAGAUGUGAGGGUGCUUGGAGAAAGGGAGUCUGUGAGGGGGGAAGCCUGUUCAGGUAGGGAGGGGGUCUGUAAAGAUUUAAAGGGGGGACUAUGCAGGGAGGGAGAUAGGGUAUCUGUGAGAGUAGGGUGGUCUGUUCAGGGAGGGAGAGGGUCUGUGAAGGGAGGGGGUCUGAGCAGAAAGAGAGAGGGUUUGUGAAAGGAGAGUGGAACUGUGAAGGCAGGGGGGACUGCAGGGAAGGAGAGAGGGGAUCUGUGAAGGUGGGGGGGACUGUGUAGGGAUGGAGAGGGUCUGUGAAGAAAGGGGGGCUGAACAAGUAGGGAGAGGGUCUGUGAAGGGAGGGGGUCUGAGCAGGGAGAUAGAGGGUCUGUGAAGGGAGGGAGUCUGAGCAGGGAGAGAGAGGGUCUGUGAUAGGAUAGUGGAACUGUGAAGGUGGGAGUACUGUGCAGGGAGGGAGAGGGUCUGUGAAGAAAGGAGGUGCUGAGCAGAGAGAGGGUCUGUGAAGGGAGGGGGGCUGUGCAGAGAGGUAGAUGGUCUGUGAAGGGUGGGGGGCUGAGCAAGAAGGGAGGGAGGGGUGGCUGUACAGGUGAGAGCAUACCUGCCAGACAGCUCUCCAUCUUCUCUCUCCUAGGACAGGAGGCACAGGAAGCGACCUAAUUUCCCAUCCCUCCUGCCCUCUUCCCUUCAUACUGAGCCCUGCAUGGAGGAGACCUGGCAAGCAGAGCAGACUCGCUGCCAGGUCUCACUCAGGAGGAAUUAUUUUUCUGUCUGGAACUUGCCGUCCCCAAAUAAUCUAAUGAUGUGCUCGCUCUAAGCUUUCUGGGGACUGUUCCCUAACACUCACUGGUCCACCCCUCUUCUAACCUUCUUACUAGCAGGCAGAUGCACCUGGUAUACAGAAAAAACAGAAACAUUUGGGAUAUGGCUGUAAAAUUUAAAAAUAAGGAACAAAAAAAAAUAUAUAGUGUAAUACAAUUUGGUAAGCAACUAUGCGCUUAAUGAAAUGCACUCACAGGAUAAGAAUGGUAAUUGCGCUCAAGGGUGCCUCCCCCGAUGUUGUUGGGGGGCUCUCUUUUUUCCUCCUGUUGAUCUGAUAGGGUGGAUGUAAAACAGGACUUCAGUAGGUAGUAAAAAAAAAGGUCAGCAGCUUUACUGGAAGAUGAACAAUCACCCAUAAAUAAUAAAAUAUAAACAGCAAAGGUCCUACGCGUUUCGUUCCCAGUACUGGAACUUCCUCAGGGACCAUACAAGUUAAAAUCAAAUACAAAUCCUGGUAUACAGUCUGGGACAGAGAAAAUGUGGAUGUAGUGAGUGUAGAAGAAGGGACAUACCACAGUGUUGGCACGCAAAGUCAGACUUACAUUGUCAGCCAGGCCACACGUUUUGUUCCUCUACAUGUCUCCUAUGUUCCCGUACUUCUUUGCCUCUGCACAAAGCAAAAGCAUGUAAAGAGUAGUUUAAAAAAAAAAAAAAAAAAAGGCGCUGGAUUUAUCAACAAAAUAUUUUAGUAGAACAUUUUUUUCCAGAUCAGCUUUUUAGCUUGAAUUUUCCACUCAGUUUUAAUGUUUCCACUCAGUUUGAAUUUAAAGUUUAGUAAAUAAGCACCCUGAGUGAUAAACAGGCGUUGUGUUUGGAUGUAAACACACUAGUAAGAACAAGGCUACAGAGAAGGUGUGCCUCGUGUUAAAGUACUUAAUUCUGCCUGUGAAUUCUAGAUUGCGAAAAGGCAUAGAAUGUUAAGUACUAAACAGAGCUAUGGGAUCAAUUAACAACUGAAUAUUUAAAUUAAGUCUGAAGUAGCCAAGUUGUGUGCCUAUUAAUUAUUUAUUAUCGGUUUGGGAGGUCACUCACUUAAAUGGAAAUUGUGGAAAAUUGAAAAGGGAAUUGGAAAUAGACCAGGCUAGCUGAGCUGGAUAAUUUUUAAGUGCAACUAUUCUGGCCUAGUUUUUGUAGUCUGGUUUUCCUUUAAUUUUAAGCUAUCACAGGCCGUUUAAAAAAUUGCUAGAUAUAUAGCAAAAGACAGACAAGUCUCACAGGAUAGAUGGAUGGAUGGGUGGGUCUGUUGGUGCGUGGGUGGGUGAAUGCCGACAGUGUUUUCACAACUAACAUUUGGGACAAGCACGUGUAAACAUUAAACAUGCAAUAAUAUAAUAUAUAAAAGUGCCAUUUGUAUUCAUGGAUAUUUACCUGUAUUGGCCGAGUUGUUUCUAAGCUAGAAAUUUAAGCUCAUUGAGCAGGGCCCUCAACCCCUCUGUUCCUGUGUGUCCAACUUGUCUGGUUACAACUACAUGUCUGUUCGUCCACCCAUUGUAAAGCGCUACGGAAUUUUUUGGCCGCUAUAUAAGUAAUAACAUAAUAAUAAUAAUUUAGUCUAUUGCAGUGACCUAAAAGUGAUACUGCCAACAAUUCAAGGUUUAGUGAAUAAGACCUGUGUGUCUUGUCCAUUUCAAUUCAUUUGGAAAAGGAAGAUAUUUAUCCAAGAUUGAAUGAUACGGCUCAUUUUGUGCAAAGGAGUAGGGUUCUCUCAAGUACUUAAUGUUUAUUUUAUACUAGAGAAUUUCCUGCAAUAUUUAUUUAAAAUCCAACCACUGCCCUUUCUAAACAUACUCAGUGUGCAAACUCCUCAUUGGUUUCUGGAGCAGUCAUUCAUUAUCUAAAAAACUCUUCCAACCCAGGCUCCUGUCCGCAGCGGGAUAAAAUGGAAAAUAAUGAGGCUCGAAUCAAUAUGUGACACAAGUUCUCAGUCUUUAUUCAAUAAACAUCAAAUUAUUGUGAAAAGUAAAUUGAAAACCAAGUUGCAACGUUCAGGCUUACACAGCCGGUGGUUAAUGCAGAGUUGAAAUUUGUUUCCAAAUUAAAUAUUUUUUUGCAUUUCAGUUUAUAAUUCAAGCCUGUUUGAUGUUUAGUAAAUAAACCCCUUAGCUUUGCCCUAACGAUCCAUUGUACGUGCAAUGGAUAUCUUGAUGGGAUACCUGUGCUAAAGCAGAAGUUGCAUUAUUUGAGGAAGAAUUGUUUAGGGGUGCCCAAAAGGUAAAUCCCAGGUGUUUUGAAACUACAGCUUCCAUGAUACUUUGUAAUUCUAAGAGCAUGCAAAGCAUCAUGGAAGUUGUAGUUAUACAACAUCUGGGGAGCUACCAUUUGGGCACCCCUAGUUUAGAGGAACCCCCCCUCACAACCCCCAGUGCAAUAAAAUGUAAUAAAAUAAAGAUUUACUUAAGUUUUUCCAGUGCCACGACUCCAUUAGAGCUGUUUACCUCUCUGCCUCCCGGCAAAGUCGUGGCGUGGUCCCAAUAUGUGCUCCUCAUAAGAGUUUUACAUUGCAGGGUUAAGAGGAAAGGGACACUGCACCCAGACCACUUCAUUGAGAUGGGGUGGUCUUGGGAACUAUAGUGUUCUUUUAAAAUGAUGUUGUUUCUAAAGCUAAAAAUUAUCAUAAAGAUUUUCUCUUUGCCUCUCCACUGGCACAGUAUAUACUUACAGAAGAGCCAAUGAGCCAACGCUUUUCUCAGCAACCUGUGUCACCUCUUGGAAAUGGCAAAUUGUUGGCUAAAGCCACCAAAUUGUCUAGGAAGGCUGUAAAGCUGGAUAUCAUGCCCUUGUGUUGUUUGUAAUGUCUUGUACCUAGUAUUUUAUUAAUUGCCUGAAGCUUACAGGUUCAGCUCAUGUCUAUUACUAUGAAACCACAAGCCAUCAAUUAACGAUUAACUAACACCUUGUGCCCCAUUGUUUCUUUGUUUCUACAUAGUUCCCUCGGAACCUCCCUCCUCAAAGAGACAAAGCACAUCUUCACAGAUUGUGGUUGCCGAGGUUCCUAUGUCUGUGGCCCCUGCAAUAUUCAACAAUGUGGCUCCAAGUGCUCCGAAUGCUGGUGUUAAGAAAGGACCCUCCUUUACAGAAGCCAAUGGAAGUAACAUUAUCCUAAUAGAACACAGCUCGAUUCUCCAAAGGUCUGCCCCAGUAAACUACUCAGCCGCAUCUGCCCCCGCGGACCUUCCUCGCCCAGCAGAUGUUCCUCGCCUCGCGGAUCUUCCUCGCCCUGCCAAGUCAGAUUCUCCCCAGCCUGCUCCUGGAAGCCCUUAUCAAAUAUUGCUCUCCCCCAGCCCUCGCUCGCUGCUGGAGAAGGAGAUUGAAGAGGUGAAGGAAAGAGAGAGGGAACUCAGGAGGCAGAGGAGCAGUGUGUAUGGCAGAGAUGAGAUUCUGUUGGAUGACACCAAACAGAAAUCUGACGACAGAGGGGAAGUCCUUAGUGGGAUCUACCAACCAGGUGAGAACAAGACAUUGCCCAUUGCAGUACGGGCAUGGAGCUCAAAUUCUUGUAAGCUUUACUAGAUGGUUAACUGAAGCUCAAUUUGUUGGGGGCAGCCAAGGUAGACACAUGCUCAGAGUUAGUCACUAAGAAAUGAAGAAUUGCUAUGAAUUCACACAGAAAUUGCAAAUUUAAAAUAAUUGAGCUGAAAAAAUAUGCAGAAUAUUUUUCCCUAUUUGAGCAUUCUAGCCCAAAAUGGCCAAUUCCUAUGUGAAUCCCCUACAAUUCAUGGUCUAGUGGAUAAUGUCUAGUUUUUUCAUUAAACUGCAAACUGUAUAGGUUAUUUACUAAAUCGUGACAUGUUAGGAAUUCAGCAGGCAAUAGAAGAUAUUGGGUCAUAAUAUACAAAUCUCCAAGCAUUAUAGGGACACUAUAAGCACCAAAAGAAUUUUAGCUUAAUGAAGCCCUAGUCACACCUCUGUGCAUGUGACUUGCACAGCCUUCCUUAACACUUCCUUUAAAGUGAGAUCUAAUGUUUAAACUUCCAUUAUUGCACAUUGUGUAAAUUAGAAUUUCUUAUUUCCUGCUCUGUUAAUAGCCUUCCGUACCCUGCAGGAGCUUCUGUGUGUGAUUAAAGUUCAGUUUACUGAGCAGGAGAUACAAACUUCUAAAGCAAGUUAACAUCUUAUUGAAAAUUAAACCUUUUUUUCAUGCAGGCUGUGUCCCUCACAGCCAGGGGAGGUGUAGCUAGGGCUGCAUAAACUUAGUGAUUUAACUCCUAAAUGGGAGGUAAUUGAGCAGUGAGACUGCAGGGGCAUGAUCUAUACACCAAAACAGCUUCAUUAAAUGAAAGUUGUUUUGAUCUCUAUAGUAGCACUUUAAUAAAGUUGUAGUAAAAGCAAAAAGUGUUAAAAAUUCCAUACAGAUUUAAGUAAAUAAAAAAAAUCACCCACACAUCCCAAUACAAACCGUUGCCAUAAAUUAACAUUCAAUGUCUUUAAAAAUAUGACUGAAUUUCUGUUUUUCAUUGUUAAUUAACAAUUAAAAGACAUCAUUAAAUAAUAAGGUUUAACAUUAAAAAUGUAUGUGAGUUUGAAUGCACCCCAUUUUUAGAAAGUUUAAAAUCAUCCGAUAAGAUACCUAGCAGAUAUUACACAACACAGCGUCAUACCUUUUACUAUAUAACAAACCUUUACAUUAUUUGUAACUUGAAAUAGAACCUAUAAUUCACAUUUUAUACAAUAUCAUAUAUAGUUACAUAGUUACAUAGGCUGUAAAGAGAAGUGUCCAUCAAGUUCAGCCUGCCUCACAUUUGUUUUUUUGAUGUUGAUCCAAAAGAAGGAAAAAAACUGUUUGAAUCACUUCCAAUUUUGCAACAAACUAGGAAAAAAUCCUUCUUGACCCCAGGUUGGCAGUCAGAUUUAUCCUUGGAUCAAGAAGCUAUUACCCUACAGUUGAAUAAUAAUAUAAUUGAAUAUUAUGUUUUUGCAAGUAUGCAUCUAGUUGUUGUUUAAACAUCUGUGCAGACUCUGAUAAAACCACUUCUUCAGGCAAGAAUUCCACAUCCUUAGUAUUCUUACGGUAUAAAACCUUUUCCUUUGCCUUAGACUAAAUCUCCUUUCUUCCAGUCUAAACAUGUGACCUCGUGUCUACUGUAUAAUCUUGUUUGUGAAUAGAUUUCCAGACAAUGGUUUGCAUUGGCCCCUCUAGAUAUGUAUAUAAAAGGGACACCAUCACUUUUCUGGAAAUCAAGCAACUGAAUAAAACAAUAAAAAUUACCAAUAAUGUUUUUUUUUCAUGUGACGCUCCAUUUUCUUUUAAAUUUAUAUCAAAGAUUUAGCAAAUGACCCUAAUACAGUCAGGGCAAACACUGCAAACGAGGAAGAGUAAAAGAAAACUAGGAGAUUAUGUAUAAAAAUUGUCACAUUGACUUUUGCGCCAGUUUUUGUGCGAAUGCACAAUUUUAUGUACAAAACUGUCAUUCCACUUUUGUACAUCGGAUAUUUUUUGUUAAGCACCAAAGUAACCUGUCCUAUCAACAUUUUUUAUUCUGCUUUUUAAUAUACUGCUUCUUUUUUUUUUUUUCUGAUGAUUAUACCACUGAUUACAUUUACAAAAUAAGACAAUGCUAGCAUAAAAUAUAUGCAACAAAAACAGAGAAUAUGAGAACGAACAAAAUCUGAGAGAAACUCCGUAGCUUGCCCUUUCGGUAAAUCCCUGCUCAGGUCUCAAAAUAGUUUUUGCUCACUUGUGCUAUUACAGAGAGAACCAUAGCAAGGUAUAUCGGACUAAUCCCACCCAUAAGGGCAAUCCAGACCUGAAAUGCCUUUAGGUUCUCUCUGCACGAGAGGUACAGCAACCCCGGACAAUUAUUUCGGCCUUCUUUGGGCCUCGUCAGCGAAAUAUAUCUGAUAUCCCUUUAGGCACAGCGAGCACGGGAUCCACGUCUGGACUACAUCAUUCAUAGUUUGAACGACUUCUUUAUUUCUUAAGCUAAAAGUAAGAUUGUGAAAGCUGUUUACCCAUCUCAGAAAACUGCUAACAGGGUGUUAAAAAAUUACUGCAAAAAAAAUGCACACCUCAUUUUACACUAAAAGUGCACCUCAAUUUUAUAUUGAGUUUGUGACCCAAUAUUGAACAGGAAGACAAAAUUAUAUAAAUAAUAGUAAGGAUUAGCGUAGUGCAAACAAGGGAAUAAAUAGGAGAAAAUAGAAAAAAACACCCAAGAUAUAGCUUAAAAUGUUUACGCUGGACUUUUUAUACCUAAUCCCUUUGUUUAAAUUCUCCUUUUCUCUGUGCUAACUGCCAGGCAGAGGGCAGAAGGACAGGGCUUAUAACAAUGAUUAACAGGGAGCAAAGAUGGGGGCAACCAGUUGCAGGAAAGGGAGGUGUUCAUUUCUUCAUUUAAUUGUUAUUUUUCACUCCUUACAAAUACAUAUGUGUUAUAUGUAAGAAUGAGUAAACAUAAUAUUAAAAUUCCUGUGGGUGACAGAUACUUUGAGUAUUUUCAUAUCAGUGUGUGGGAAAUAAAGGACAUAUAGAUAUCAGCUAGAGCAGACUCCCCCAAACUCCAGCCCUCUAGAUGUUGCUGAACUACAACUCCCAUGAUUCUCAGGCUCUUUCAUUCAUAGAAUCAUGGGAGUUGUAGUUCAGCAACAUCUGGAGGGCUGGAGUUUGAGGAAACCUGAGCUAGUGUUAUGAUUGUAAAUAUUGCAUCAUCACGCGUAGAAUGAUGACACUGCAUGCUGCUAAUGCAUGAAUGCAGGACAUUUUCUGGGGUGGGAGGGGGGUAAGGGGUGGAGGGGGCAUAAUUGUAAUGACAUCCAUGCUUGGUCCCUUUUUGACAGUGUCAUGAAAGGGAAGGGGCAUAGUCAUUAUCACAUAAAGCCAGGGUGAAUAGUAUUUUCACAACUAUGGUGUCAGGAAUACAUGUUUGUAUUUCUGACACUUAAGCAAAUUAAAGGAACAUUCUGGUCACCAUAACAACUUCAUCUAAAUGAAAAUGCUAUGAUGCCAGGAAGCCACUGGGUGAUCACUUUCCUUUAAGGGGUUAAACCGCUCUCUAAUGGUUUAAUCACAAAGGCUUCCUCCAGCUCCAGAUCUCCAGGUCACUCAGUGGUAUUCGGCUUCUGAAACGGAGUGUCAGGAAGUGCAGAUUGACGUCAGGCAUGGGUGCAGCUGAUUGGCUAGAGUGGUCAGUGGACGCUCUAAGCCAAUCGCUAGUUUUACUUUUUUAUGAAUGGGGAGCUAUUGAUUGGCUUAGAGUGCCAGCUGACCGCUCUAGCCAAUCAGUGGCACCCCUACCCAGCAGCACUCUGUGCUUCCUGACACUCAGUAAAUAAAAAUGAACACAUUAACAUUGAUAUUUUUUUUUACCUGGGGAGAUGAGAAGGUCCAAAGUUUCCCUGCCAGGCCCAGGUACCAAAGCCUUAUGAUGUGGUGUCCAGAAUGAAGUGGAGGGUUCAAACAACUUGCCCUUCCUGCUUCAAUCUCCUUUUCUUCUCCUUCAUUUGACUCAGUCUUCUUAUUAUUCUGACACUGUCUUCUCUCCUCCUUGGCUCCUUCUGCUCCUUUACCUUUCUGUUUCUUUUGUGCCCUUCUGCUCCUUUCUCCUUUUGAUCCCUUUCUGCUCCUUCUCCUACUUUACCUUUCUGCUCCUGGCUGUCUCUUCCUCUUCCUUUCUACUCCUUCUAGAUGGGCCGAAUGGUUCUUAUCUGCCGUCACAUUCUAUGUUUCUUUGUUUCUCCUACUUUACCUUUGCGCUCCUUCUGCCCCUUCCACCUCCUUGCUACCCUUUUCUGCUCCUUCUCCUACUUUACCUUUGUGCUCCUUCUGAUUCUUUCUGCUCCUUUACCUUUGUGCUCCUUCUGUCCCUUCCUGCCCAUUUCUGCUCUUUGCAGACCCUUCCUGCUCCUUGCUGCCCCUUGCUGCUAAUUUCUCCUUCUUCACAAUUGUCCUCCUUCUGCCCCUUCCAGCUCAUUGCUGACCCUUUCGGUUCCUUGCUGACCCUUUCUGCUCCUUUCUGUUCCUUUCUGCGGACGCCCAUGGAUGGACGCCAGCUUUAAAUGUUCCUUUAACAAAUUCAAAUCACUAAUAAGAUAUCUUCAUUUUCUGAGAUGAAUUGUGAUUUGUUGAUAGAGAACUUAAAAUAAGGGGCGCAUGUUGUAAAGGGUUACUCCAACCAAAAAACUGUGUUUUGUUUGUUUUUAAACACAGUUUUUGGUUAGAAUAACCCCUCCUAUGCUGGCCUCUCCACCAAACAUUUGACAUCUGUAACCAGCAUCCUGUGCAAGCUGGCAUGAGAUAUCCAAUAUGCACAAAACUGACAUUAGCUAGCCUGGAAAUCUUGUGCCAGGCUGGCUAAUGACACCCCAAUGAUGACGCUGCUCAUAGUUAACCCCAUGUGCAGCAUUAGGCAUCAUGACCACUUCAAAUGGUGCUGAUGGUGUUCCUUUAAAUAGCACAUGUAAAGUGACUACCACUCUAAAGCCUAGAUCAGUGCCUCACGCCUAGCAACAAGAGAACUGUGUUUUGUUAGGAAUACACUAGGUUAAAACCAAAGUUUGUAAAACAAAUAAUACACCCUUUAAUUUGCGCUUUAAAUUAGGGAGUAAAAUUCCUUAACACAAUUAGUACUUCAGCAGUGAUUAAAAAAACAAAUAAUCUUUGAUGAGUCAUUAAACUCACAGUUUCCUUUGACUUAUUGUGGUUUGAUGUUAUCUGUUGUUUUUUUUUUUAUUAUUAUUAUUAUAAUGCAUUAUAGUCCUUUCUUAAAGAGUUCUCUGACCAGAAGUUUAUAUACACAAUGUAGACAUGGCUAUGUAAAAUAAAUACUUUAGGGCUAUAAGCAACGAGAAUGGCCCUGAAGUAUGUAAUUUACAUGCAAAUAGCUAAAUUACAAUUAUAUUCUGUGUUACCAAAGAGUCUUAAUUCUCAUUUAGGCCUCUGCAUAAUUAGGACAUUAAUAAUAGCAAAAAAGGUACAGUCAACAAGUCUGUAGAUUAAAACAAAACAUUUCUAAUUUAGCGAAUAUAAAAUAUUGUGUAUUGCAGAGCGGCCCAGUUGGAGAAAGCUGGAAGUGAACUGGCCCCCAAACCCAGAAGUGACUAUGAACGGACAACAAUCAGAACAGGUGAGAUUAACCAAUUAUAAACAAUAAAUAUAAAGAUUAAGAAAGUUGAAAUAUAAUGCUUCUAUCACCUUGUGUAGGUCACCCAACCACAUAUAAAACUAAGUGUAUUAAAAAUAGCAAAUUGUGGUGGGUUUUAUCACAUACAUUGAUUUUUAAGUGUGCUCUCACCAUGAUUUGCUAUUUUUUGUACAUGUGAGAUGUCUUUAAAUAUUUGCACGUAUGUUGAUAAUGGAGGGUACAAUAAUGGGCUCCCGCUGUGCCAGUUCAUUCUCAACAUUGCAGUCUAUCUGUGCAGUAUCUGUGACAUUGCAAUAGUGCAGGACAGUUGAAAUCACUGCAUUCUACUCAAAUGAGUUGAACAGAAGCCUAAGGCUGUAUUGUUUCUCUCAAUUCACAAAAAGGUACAUUUGCCUAUUUUUACCGAAUGUGCACUUCCAUUUGGCUGCACUAUGGUGCUCAUUUGAAAUUAGCUGGAUUUCCAUAUAACAUGGGUUAUACAAAUUCACAAACAGCUAAAUUGCAACAGAAUAUCCUUCAUUUGUUUGUUCACAGAAAAAUUAUAAUGACCAAAUGCAGGAGAACUGAGCGGAAUGCAAUCAGCGUUUAGUGAAUAAUAGUCCAUUAAGUUUCUGUAUUGAGCACAGUGUAAUGUGUACUAGUUGUAAGCUAGCACUAGCUUCCUUUGGCACACAAAGGGAUAUUUGCAAACUAGGGAAUCUUUGUGAAUUGAUCAGCGAAUUGCAAAUCUAAAACCAAAAUAGAUGAUUUGGAAGCAAAGCUGAAUUGAAGAACAUUUUAAGUUGAACUAUUUUAGGCUAAAGUUUGCUAUAACUUGGUGAUUUCUCAGUUUAGUGAAUAACUUUGAUAGUGUAAUAUUGUAUUACUGAAUGGCCGUCAAUAUCAGACAUAUUAAGUGUGUAAACAGAAGGCUGAUAUUGCAAAACAGAGGAGGUUGUGCGGUAUGCAAGAUGCAAGGCGGCAGACAUAAUGUAGUGGCGGUAAGGUAAAGGUCUAUGAGGCUUAUUUCAGUGGUGUGUAAGGAGAAAGCUUACGGUAUAUAUAAAGGAUGAGAUGUAGCAUGUGAAAAUUGGCACUGUCUCUACUGUAUGUAAUUCAGCUGUGUUUAACGUGAUAGCUGUGAUAAACAGUGUGUAGUGGAUGUAGUGUAAUAGUGUGUAAGGCCAUAGUGCAGGGUCCUCAAACUUCGGUCCCCCAGAUGUUGCUGAACUACAAGUCCCAUGAUUCUUUGAAUUACAUAGAUAGCCAUGGGAGUUGUAGUUCAGCAACAUCUGGGGGUCCAGAGUUUGAGGAUCCCUGCCGUAGUGUAUAUAUUUGUAAGGCGGGGGAAGCUAUCAGUAUCUGUACUGGCCAUAGUGCAUGAAGGGUGACUUCUAAAUUACAGGUACGGACAUAAAGCACUCUACUAUAUAUUUAACUUAAUUUAUACUUUUUCCCGCAGACAUUGGACAGCCCUCGCACACGCCGACAGCGCAGUGCUCUCAUUCAGAGCUGGGAAGCUGGCACCCCAAAUCCUCUUGAGGAGUAGUAGAAAGAGGACCCAGUGGAGAACUUUGGGACAUUAUUGUGACCUGUGGUUGGAAUUGCUUUAACUUUCAUGGACACUCAAACUGGGACUGAACCCUCCAACCUGCCUCUUAUAAUGCUAACGCGAAUUCUAUUAUAUUGCAUCUUCUGGACACAAGGUGUUUCUGUCUGGCUUUGCCUAUAACAUCACAUGAUCAGAAUCUAAUCUGCCAAUUAUCCUUUUGUAAUCUUAAAUGACUUUAAUUUGUAAUAAAUUAAUUGAAAAACAUGGAUUGUGUGAAAAU